GGCUCCUCCUCCCUAGGCGAGCGGCAUUGCCUGUCUCUGCCCGCCAAACCCGCUCCGGGGGAUCUCUUUCAGCGCCGCCCUUCGUUGCCCAGCAGCGGGGCCAUGAUCUCCGCCCCGGUCGCGCUCUUGCGCCGCGCUGGGGGCCGCCUGCUGCUCCGCCGGGCUGGGCUCAGCCGAACCUCCUGGGCUCGCAGGUACCGGGCCGUGCAGGCGAGCGACGCCGCUUUCCUACCCUCCCGGCCCCGGGGGACUUCUAGAUCCGGACUGGCGACGUGCUGGUGUUUGUUUACAUGCAGAUAACAGCAGCCCAGCUGGCUGGCUGGCGUCUCCGGGUCUGUUUUGGCUCCCUCCCUGCCUUGUCAGUCCCUGGGUGACUCCGCAGGGGAGCUUCGGCCCUCCAAAUAGCCUUUGCAUGGGGGCGGGGGGUGGAACUGAACAGGCUUGGCUGCUGCGGAUUGCACUGCACGUUGGCGUUGCUUGGCCCAAUGCAUUUAGCCCUACGGGGGAAGCGGUGGCGAUGUGGUUUCGCUUUGGGGCGCCACCCCUAUAGAAGAGCAUGGCAUGUGCAGAGCCCUCUUCCUCGCCCCCUCGUCCCGCCCCCCUGCAGACAUAGACGGCGAGCUUUGCUCACUCCCACUCAGACCCCUUUGCCCCCUUGUAAGUAGGACAGGGGCGGGAGCCAGUGGCCCUCUAUAUGUGUUGUUUGGACUACAGCUCCCAUCAUCCCCUCCUCACACCAUUGCCAUGGCGCUGAUGGGAGUUGAAGUCCGGCAGCGUCCGAAAGGCACCAGGUUCCCCAGUCCUGCAAAUAGGGGAGGUUUGAGCUAAACGGCGCUUUUGAAUUUCUGCUCGACCCUUCAGUAUUUUUCCUGAGGGGCUCCAUGGCUGGUUUCCUGUCUGGUUCUGCUUCUUGUUGCAGUUUUCGUUUGCUCUGCCGUGCUCUACUGCAGACUUAUCCGCCGGUCUAACUAUUAGCGCGCAGAGAACAUUCAGUUUCUCUUUCCGCCGUCGCGCUUCAUUGCAUUGUUGGUGUUGUGUUUACAGUUCCUGCUGCUCCCAGAUCUCUAGCCACACCUACCUAUCGCUUGCUCAGAGUACCUGUAAUAUGACACUUGGAUCUUGUGCUAUACACCCACUGCACUCCAUCAUAUUGCACAUUUACACAUGCUCUGAAGGAAUAUAGUUACUAGAGACUGUUGCUCUCCCUAAGUGGCCAGCUUAAUCACUUGGAGAGAGAGUGGAGUACUGCAGAGGUUUCACCCUAAGAUGGCUAGUUUCCACCGUUUUUAAUACCUUCAGCUCAAUCUCUUCAUUAUGUGGCACAGUCUUGAUUGGAGAUAUUUUCGGGACUGCAAAACUGACUUGGAAAUUUUUCAGGAUUCCAAGAUCUUUGCAUCAUCUUUCACACACCCCUCCCUCUUGAAGCGUCUUGACCUCAGAAUUGCAAGGCCUUUUUUGGUUAUGUAACUCAAAGGUCAUGGUUUCUGCCCUCCAUGGGGCCUUUAGGAUCUAGGCAAAUGGACGCAGCUGUGCAGGAACAUGCAAUUUCAUCUCCCAAUUUUAAUCUGAUGCAAGUCCUGUUUAUAGCCAUCAGUCACUGGAACUUGCUUUUCCUGACUUUGGCAACCUUGCAGAGCUACCUUUCCCAAGAUUCAUCCUUUCUUCUCUCAUUCGCACAAAUUUUAUUGAUUACAUUAAAUACAGUAAUACUAUAAAGAAUGAACAGUAUGCAUGAAUAUAUUCCAGACCCAUUUUGCAAAGUAAUAUGUAACUUAAUACAGUAUAUUAAGUGAUGCAGGUGUAUCCCUAAACAUACAUUCAGAUGAAGACACCUGUUUGUUAAGUGCACAAGGUCCUUUUUAAAAAGGUGCAUACAUGUAAAACACCUGAAGUUUAGACCUAAAACAUGACACAUAUAGCCUUAAGAUGCAUCCUAUGAGAUAUAUAAUGUAGUGUUGAGUCUCCCGAAAUACUUUUAAACAGUCUCCGUAUUUGCUUCAUUCCUUUCAAAGGAGCUGACCUGAAGCUUUUCCAAGACUGCGCUUGCUCCACCCUCUGCAGGAAAAGUGAAUUCUGAUUGGUUAGACACAAAUCACGUUUCCGGAAUGUGGGUGGAGUCAACACUAUUUUGAAAAUCCGCAUCUCUGGUGUGGUUUCCUUGUGAUGGCAAGGGUAACCAAGUGACUUUAAGGAAGAGACGAGAGAGGCUUCCCUGUCAAAUUUUAAAUAGAAGCAAGAGCAGGGAGUCUGCAAGGCGUUUUCUACUUAGCCGUGUUUAACAGAACUAUGAUUGUUCUGAAAUGUGAGAUCUAUUUACAUUAAGUGAAGCUGUGCUGCUUUAGAAAUAACGGAUAUCUGAAUAUAAGGGAUGUGUGGCAGCUUUAAAGAGGAGACAGCUUGAUGUCGUAGUCCAGUUUGGUUGUGUAUCUUCAAUUUCCUGUGGGGCUGUUUGCUCUUAGAACUCUCCUUUAGAUCUCAACUGUAACUUCAGGAACUGGUACCUGAAUUUGCUUUGCUUUCUUCAUCCCUCUUCAUUCCCUUUUCCUUUCGUACUGUGCCUAUUAGACCGUGAGACUGUGGAAAGGAACGGGCUUACCUUUUAAUCUCUGCACAACGCUUUUAAACACAAUGUAAUUGAUAACGAAUACUUUAGAAUCAAGACAUUCCUGGGCCAAGGAAUUAUGAGCAUGUGGCCUAUUGCGAGUGCAUUAUAGUAACAUACGACAGAGAUAACGAUUUGGGGAAAAUGUAUACAUUGGCGGAAAGCUUGGGAGCGAUAAAGAGGAGAUGUGUUUGUGGAUGGUCUUGUAAAUUGAGGCGUAGGCAGGAGGGAGGGUGAGGUAUAACUGAAGGCUGAACAUGGCACAUGGCAGUGGCUCUGUAGGGCUUCAAGGAAGAGAUACUCUCAGCUCUACCUGCAGGUGGCAGGACUUCUGCAUGUCUUGAGCUAUAGCCAAAGUUUGCUGCAAUCAACCAAAGCUGGUAAAAAAAUGAAAGGUAAAGGACCCCUGGACGGUUAAGUCCAGUCAAAGGUCACUAUGAGGUUGUGGCUCUCAUCUUGCUUUCAGGCCGAGGGAGCUGGCAUUUGUCCACAGACAGCUUUCCAGGUAUUGUGGCCAGCAUGACUAAACCACUUCUGGUGCAACGGAACACUGUGAUGUAAACCAGAGCGCAUGGAAACGCUGUUUACCUUCCUGCCACAGUGGUACCUAUUCAUCAACUUGCACUGGUGUGCUUUCGAACUGCUAGGUUGGCAGAAGCUAGGACAGAGCAACAGGAGCUCACUCCCAUCACAGGGAUUUGAACCGCCGACCUUCUGAUCGGCAAGCCCAAGAGGCUCAGUGGUUUAGACCACAGCACCACCCGCAUCCCUUUUACCAAAGCUGGUAUUGUGAACCUAACAUGAGAAAAUCCCUGUCAUGCAGCAGCUGAAUCACUGGAGAAGGAGAGAUGCUUUUCUUUCAGCUGUGGCGCAGCUCCCUCACAACCACAACAACACUUGCUGCCAUAGGCCUCCUCCAGGCGGGAGCUCCACCCCAAGAGAGGUUCUGUGCCUGAAGUCAACAGGCAUGGUAUACCUUGGGGUUGGCAGCAGGCCCCUGAGGAUAGCCCCAGGCUUCAGUUUCAUUGCUCGCAGUCCUAGGCUUGCUUCUUCAGACAGACAAGCCUACAUUGUUUACUAAUAUAAUGCAGACCGAGUCUGUGCAGAUGCUGAUCUCAUUGAGAGGUGUGUCGGCCUCACAGACAGGCCUGGCACUGGAGCUAAUCCAGAUCUUAGCGCUAGGGGGAUUAGCCUAGCUAAUAGCCUUCUGUCUGUGUUUGGUGUUGCAGAUCUAUACAACUGAGAGCAGCCUUGGCCAUGGCCACGGGAGGGAAGGGCAGCCAGUCUAGCACUGCUCGUCCCACGAACCGUCUGAUCUACGAGAAGUCUCCUUACCUCCUUCAGCAUGCCCAUAACCCUGUUGACUGGUAAGAGAUGCUUUCUUUUCAUGGGCUGAGAGGAGGGAGGCAUGUUGGGUGGGCUUUAGGGAAAACAAACUUGGAAUUUCAUGGAUGCUUUUCUGCAGGAAAUAGAGCCUCCCUCUCCCACUCUCAACUGCUCCCAAGCCUCCUAUUCUCCACCUCAUUUCACCUUUGCUUCUACAUGGUUCUCUCUGACCUCUUUCAGUCUCCCCCUAAACAUACUGUUUCCAGGAAGCUUCUUCCUUAACACUUUCUGUAGUCUCAUCCUCUACUGAAACAAAACUUAGGCAUGUAGAGCUAUAUUUGUUUGCAUAACUACCCCCUAAACAGAUUUUUGAAAACUUAAUUCUUCUUCUUCUUCUUCUUCUUCUUCUUCUUCUUCUUGGUGUGAUUUUUCCAUUGUUUGAAUGAUCUUUUAUGCGACUCAGUCCUUGCUGCUGCUAUUUUGAGUUCCGGUUACCAUUGUCCUUAAAAAAAAAUUGUAUAUGAUGAUCUCUCUUACUGUACACUACGCUGAGUACAUCUUCUUAUAGGGCAUAACUGAAACGAAUGGAUACACAACUAAUAAGUGAAUUAUGUGACGUUUGUUUGGCUUUGGGCACUGACUUCCUACCCUGAGCUGAGUACACAAACUUACAAUGCUACUGAAGAUCAGAAACAUGUUUGUGCUUUAUUUUUCAAGGCUUAAGCUCCCUCUCUGACUGCACUGAAACUGUUAUAUCAUGGCUUAGUAAGCCUUUUUGCCCGCUCACGAAACCUCAUGGCUCCUGCCCUUGUGAGAAGGGAUUUGUGGGCAGAAGGCUUGUUCCAACUUGGUUGAGAUGUGAGCAUCCACACCUGCCCCAUGUUCUGCAAUACUUCUGCAGUUUUGACUAUGGAACUAGAGCCUCUAAAUCUGCUGUUGUACAACAUGAUUCCCCCCAAAGUGCCUGCAGAAUAGAAGUGAGAUGCUUCCUAUAGUUGUUCAACACCCAGAGAGCUACAUCUAAUUUCUAGCGGUCCAUGGGGAUUUAAAACCAACAAUCCUAAGUAAGUAUAGCUAGUCUUCUGCCAAAUGAUCCUCAGCAGUAACAGCCCCCCCUAACAUGCUAGGAGAUCAGCCAGGUGUUUCGGCCUCCACAGCUGGGUGUGUCUAUAAGUAAAAGGUAAAGGUAAAAGACCCCCGGACAGUUAAGUCCAGUCAAAGGUGACUGUGGGGUUGCGGCGCUCAUCUCGCUUUUCAGGCCGAGUGAGCCAGUGUUGGUCCGCAGAAAGUUUUCCAGGUCAUGUGGCCAGCAUGACUAAAUUGCUUCUGGUGCAACGGAGCACCGUGAUGGAAACCAGAGCGCAUGGAAACACUGUUCACUUUCUCGCCGCAGCAGUACCUAUUUAUCUACUUGUACUGGUGUGCUUUCAAACUGCUAGGUUGGCAGAAGCUAGGACAGAGCAACAGGAGCUCACCCCGUCACAGGGAUUUGAACCGCUAACCUUCCAAUCAGCAAGCCCAAGAGGCUCAGUGGUUUAGACCACAGCGCCACCUGCGUCCCUUCUGGGGUGUGGUAAUAGCAGUGUAGCAAACACAUCAUCUACAGACAUAGUGGCAACUGAAAAGACCUUGUGUGUAAUGGGAAGGAUCAGGGUUUAAUCAAUGAACUGCUUAAUAUCAACUGCUUGCAUGAAAUAUAGGCAUAUUGAUUUGAUUGAUUAUAAACAUAAAUCCUGGCAUAUUUCUCCUCUUUCUCUUCCCCUCAGGUAUCCUUGGGGUCAGGAAGCCUUUGAUAAAGCAAAGAGAGAAGAUAAGCUGAUAUUUCUAUCUGGUAACAAAUGAACUUCUUCGUUUUAUGCUACCCCUACAUGCACAUUUACGACUUUAAAAAGCACAUGCACAUAUCUGUGAGUUCUUAAAAGCAUAGAGAAGAAUGUCUCCUUCUCCUUCUCCUCCUCAUUUUAAUUUUAUUCCAUUCUUCAGCUGAAAACGCUCCCGAGUGACUUACAUACAAAUGAAAAAGCAACAGUGAGGAAACAACCCCUGCUUUCAAGCUUAAAAGACACGACAUGAAAAGAAAAAGGGAUGGGGAGGGAGAAGGGGAAAACAAGCAGACUCCGGCACCAGCUCUGAUAGUUACAGUUCUUGUAGCAACCAGCUGGCAUGGAGGCUGCCCAGGUAGCCUGGCAGAAUGGCUAUGGCUAGGUUUCAGCUGAGGAACAGUCAAAGGCAGCUGGUCUCUCAGCAGGGCCCAUGAAAUAGCCUUGCUUCCCUCCUCUCCAUCUGCUGCAGCCUGACAGGACGGCUGCUGCGCAGUGACAAUGCUUACUUACUUGAAAACUGCUUGAAACAUGAAACAAAUGUUUGCGCUUGGAGGAAUAAAUAUCGUCCAAAUUGGGUCCUCAUCUGCUGGGCGCUCCCUUGCUUUCAAUGAGCUGCUUUCUGGGAGAAGGCGGGGCAGUAUUUUUCCUGGCCUUGUAGUUUGCAUCUGCAAAAGAAGAGCACAGGAAAUACUUGUGAGGAUAAGCUACUCAGCCUACCUACCUUGUGAAGCUCAUAAAUUUACUAGUGGAGGAGCAGAUCCGGUAUCUGGGAAUUGCUCCAAUUUGAGUUUCAAGCAGAUGGGGAUUUGGAGCUUGGGUACAUGUUAGAGUAAUACUGGGAGUCUUGGAUUUCUUCAUUUAAGCAAUUCUAACAGCACAGAGCUAUGCAUGUUUACUCAAAAAUAAGUGUGCAGAGGAGUGGAAUCUAAAAAUAUUUCUUCCCCUCCCCUGACCUCCUCCUGCUUUUUGAAUUUACAUUAUAAGCAACUUAACUUAUAGAAGUUUACUAUAGUAUGGGGAUAACCUUCCAAGUAGAAUCAUAGAAUCAUAGAGUUGGAAGAGACCACAAGGGCCAUCGAGUCCAACCCCCUGCCAAGCAGGAAACACCAUCAGAGCACUCCUGACAUAUGGUUGUCAAGCCUCUGCUUAAAGACCUCCAAAGAAGGAGACUCCACCACACUCCCUGGCAGCAAAUUCCACUGUCGAACAGCUCUUACUGUCAGGAAGUUCUUCCUAAUGUUUAGGUGGAAUCUUCUUUCUUGUAGUUUGGAUCCAUUGCUCCGUGUCCACUUCUCUGGAGCAGCAGAAAACAACCUUUCUCCCUCCUCUAUGUGACAUCCUUUUAUAUAUUUGAACAUGGCUAUCAUAUCACCCCUUAAUCUCCUCUUCUCCAGGCUAAACGUGCCCAGCUCCCUUAGCCGUUCCUCAUAAGGCAUCGUUUCCAGGCCUUUGACCAUUUUGGUUGCCCUCCUCUGGACACGUUCCAGUUUGUUAGUGUCCUUCUUGAACUGUGGUGCCCAGAACUGGACACAGUACUCCAGGUGAGGUCUGACCAGAGCAGAAUACAGUGACACUAUUACUUCCCUUGAUCUAGAUGCUAUACUCCUAUUGAUGAGGCCCAGAAUUGCAUUGGCUUUUUUAGCUGCCGCGUCACACUGUUGGCUCAUGUCAAGUUUGUGGUCAACCAAGACUCCUAGAUCCUUUUCACAUGUACUGCUCUCAAGCCAGGUGUCACCCAUCUUGUAUUUGUGCCUCUCAUUUUUUUGCCCAAGUGCAAUACUUUACAUUUCUCCCUGUUAAAAUUCAUCUUGUUUGUUUUUGCCCAGUUCUCUAAUCUGUCAAGGUCAUUUUGAAGUGUGAUCCUGUCCUCUGGGGUGUUAGCCACCCCUCCCAGUUUGGUGUCAUCUGCAAAUUUGAUCAGGAUGCCCUUGAGUCCAUCAUCCAAGUCGUUGAUAAAGAUGUUGAAUAAGACUGGGCCCAAGACAGAACCCUGUGGCACCCCACUAGUCACUCUUCUCCAGGAUGAAGAGGAACCAUUGAUGAGCACCCUUUGGGUUCGGUCAGUCAGCCAGUUACAAAUCCACUGAGUGGUAGCAUAGUCAAGACCGCAUUUUACCAGCUUCUUUACGAGAAUAUCAUGGGGCACCUUGUCAGAUGCCUUGCUGAAAUCAAGGUAGGCUACAUCCACUGCGUUCCCUUCAUCUACCAGGCUUGUAAUUCUGUCAAAAAACGAGAUCAGGUUAGUCUGACAUGACUUAUUUUUCAGAAAUCCAUGCUGACUAUUGGUGAUCACAGCAUUCCUUUCUAGGUGCUCACAGACUGUUUGCUUAAUGAUCUGCUCCAGAAUCUUCCCUGGUAUUGAUGUCAGACUGACUGGGCGGUAAUUAUUUGGGUCCUCUCUUUUCCCCUUUUGAAAAUAGGGACAACAUUUGCCCUCCUCCAGUCUGCCGGGACUUCGCCUGUUCUCCAGGAAUUCUCAAAGAUGACUGCCAGUGGUUCUGAGAUCACAUCUGCCAGUUCUUUUAAUACUCUUGGAUGCAGUUCAUCUGGCCCUGGAGACUUGAAUACAUCUAAACUAGCCAAGUAUCUCCUGUACUAUCUCCUUAGUUAUUCUGGGCUGUGUUUCCUCUGCUGAAUCAUUUGCUCCAAAUUCUUCAGGUCGGGCAUUGUUUUCUUUAUCGGAGAAGACUGAGGCAAAGAAGGCAUUGAGGAGUUCAGCCCUUUCUGUGUCCCCUGUUUGCAUUUCACCAUCUUCUCCUCUGAGUGACCCCACUGUUUCUUUGUUCUUCCUUUUGCUACGAACAUACCCAUAAAAGUCUUUUUUGUUGCUUUUAACCUCUCUAGCAAGCCUGAGUUCAUUCUGUGCUUUAGCUUUUCUGACUUUGUGUCUACAUGUGCUGGCUAUUUGUUUGAAUUCCUCUUUGGUGGUUUCCCCCCUUUUCCAUUUUUUGUACACAUCCUUUUUAAUCUUAACUCAGUUAAAAGUUCUUUAGAUAGCCACCCUGGCUUCUUUAGGCACCUUCCAUGUUUCUGUCUCAUUGGUAUUGCCUGAAGUUGUGCUUUUACUAUCUCCCUCUUAACAAACUCCCAGCCAUCAUGAACUCCCUUUCCUUUUAGUAUUAAGGUCCAUGGGAUCUCACCCAGCACUUCCCUAAGUUUUAUGAAGUCGGCUUUCUUAAAGUCAAGAAAUUGAGUCCUAGUAUGCUUGGCUGCUCCUUUCUGCUGUAUAGUAAACUUCAGAAGAGCAUGAUCACUCACGCCUAAUGAUCCUUCCACUUCUACCCCACUAACCAGGUCAUCAACAUUAGUUAGGACCAGAUCUAAAAUGGCUGUUCCUCUUGUUGCUUCUCCCACUUUCUGGACAAUGAAGUUGUCUGCAAGGCCAGUGAGGAAUCUGUUUGACCUUAUGCUCUUGGCCGAGUUUGACAUCCAACAAAUAUCUGGGUAAUUGAAGUCCCCCAUCACUACUAUCUCCCUUCCUUUUGCAUGCUUGGCCAUCUGUUCCAGGAAGGCAUCAUCUAUGUCCUCCGUUUGGCUUGGGGAUCUAUAGUAAACUCCCACAAUGAGGUCACUGUUAUUCUUCUCUCCCUUAAUUUUGACCCAAAUGCUCUCACUUUGGCUUUGAGGUUCUAAAUCUUGGAACUCUUCACAGGUAUACACAUCCCUGACAUAUAACGCCACCUCUCCUCCUUUCUUGUCUGGUCUGUUUCUCUGAAAUAGAUUGCAUCCCUCCAUUAUUACAUUCCAAUCGUGGGACUUAUCCCACCAGGUUUCAGUGAUGCCUAUUAUGUCAUAUUUAGUUUGCUGUACCAAGAGCUCAAGCUCAUCUUGUUUAUUUCCCAUGCUUUGCGCAUUAGUGUACAGACAUUGAAGUCCAUUAAUCAUUCCCCCCGUGUCUCUUAUUUAAGGAUUUUUUCCUCCCACCACUAGGUCUGCGUGCUGUUUGCUCCAUUUGGUCUAUGACAUUUGGAUGAUCAUCUUCAUCACUUGAUAGACUCCUACCUUCAGGAGCACUGUCUCCCUCCCCCACAUUAGUCAGUUUAAAGCCCUCCUGAUGAGGUUUCUGAGAUUUUUGGCAAAAACAUUCCUCCCAACCGUUGUGAGGUGCAGCCCAUCGCUUGCCAGAAGUCCAUCUUCAAGAAACUGCAGUCCGUGAUCUAAGAAUCCAAACCGUUCCUGUUUACACCAUUUGCGAAGCCAGCUGUUCACUUCCACUAUUUUUCCCUCUCUCCCUGGGCCAUGUCGUUCAACUGGGAGGACAGAUGAGAUGACAAUUUGUGCAUUUAAUUGCUUCAAUUUCCUGCCCAGAGCCUCGUAGUCUCUUUUGAUCUUCUGGAGGCUAUUGCUUGCAGUGUCAUUGGUUCCCACAUGAACCAAGAGGAGGGGGUAUUUGUCAGUGGGUUUUAUGAUUCCUUGCAGUCGUUCAGUUACAUCUUGGAUCUUAGCCCCGGGGAGACAGCACACUUCCCAAGACAUCUUGUCAGGCUCACAGAUCACUGCUUCUGUUCCCCUCAGUAGGGAAUCCCCUAUCACCACUACACGCCUCCUCUUAGGUUUGGUCGGGGUUCUUCCGUGAGCUGUCCGUUCCAAGGUCGCCUGCACAUUCCCUGAGGACUGACUUUGCUGCUCGUCUUCAUAUACCUGAUCGACUGUAACGAGGGAGAGAUCCUCAAAUGGAGUCUGAGAGAUCCUCAAAUGGAGUAUUAUGACUAUAACUCCCAUAAUCCCUUGCCAUUGGCACUGCUGGCUGGGAAUAAUGGGAAUUAUAGCCCAACGACAUCUGGAGGUCACCACAUUGGCUACGUCUCCUAUAGAAACAUCUGUUUAGACAUUCUCAGUUGCUUGUUCUUCUAUUUCCCAGGCUAGAAGUGUUCUAGUUAUGUUCUUCCAAAAGGUCACUUUGCUGGGGUUUAGAAGCCUUGCAUCGUUUAUAGCCAACAUUGAGCCAUGAAAGGGCAGCUCUCCGUUUGUUCUCAUGUUUGUACAUGCAGGUCCCACUAGCAAAAUGCUUGUUAUAGGAAAAUUCACUUAUCCAAACAUGAGGAAUUAGUGCUCAAACUUUGCUACACACACUGCAGAUUCAGAUAUCCAAACAGCUGGAAGUGCGUGUAGUACGUGCAGUGUGUGCAAUUAAGCAGCCUUAAAUAAGCAUUACCUUUUGGGUUUUGCUGGUGCAUGGCAGCUGUUUUGCCAGAAACUAUGGUUGGGAAGGAAGGGGGAGAGAUCAGACAAAAUAAGGGAGCAUUUCCCCCUUCCAUAAUUGCCUUUUGCAAGCUCUCAGAGGGUUUUCUCCUCAUUUUGGGGUCAAAAUUCUGUGGCUCACAAUGCAUUAGAAAUUUCCCCUUAGGAAUAAAUGGAAAUCGUCCAUUCGUUAGACAGAUGCUCGCCUAACAAUCAAUUUAUUGAGAAUGCAUUGUGUUUGGAUAGCAAAACCUGUGUGCUUUCUGCUAAAGCAGGCACGAUCAGUGUGGUGCCCUUCAGAUGAGGUCAUACUACAACUCUCUUCUGCCCCAGCCAUGGGGAUGAUGGGAGUUGUAGUACACCAAGGUUGGCUAGCCCUUUCUUAAAGCCAACUCCUUGUCCUAGCCUGCUGAGUUGCUUGAAUUAUAAACUUUUCUGUUUUGACUUUUCUUGCCACCCACCCCUCCCUGGGUACAGCAGGGCCUUCUCCUUCGGCGAGCCUUUCUUUAACCGCCGGCGUUUGUUUUCAGUUGGCUACUCGACCUGCCAUUGGUGCCACGUGAUGGAGCAGGAAUCCUUCCAGAAUGAAGAAAUUGGCCAGAUCCUGAACGACAACUUUGUGUGCAUCAAGGUGGAUCGGGAGGAGCGGCCGGAUGUCGAUAAAGUCUACAUGGCCUUUGUGCAGGUGGGGAGCAGGAAUGAGCAUAGCAAACGGAAGAUGACUGUUGCUCCUAGAGGCAGAUGUUGAAGAGAGCCAUAUCUUUUUAUUUCUCCUGCAGGCAACCAGCAGUGGUGGAGGUUGGCCCAUGAGUGUGUGGCUAACACCUGAUCUCAAACCAUUUGUAGGCGGGACCUAUUUCCCUCCUGAGGAUGGAAUUUACCAGGUUGGCUUUCGGACCGUUCUGCUUCGCAUCCUAGAGCAGGUAUGGAGUCCGGCAUCCAGGGUCAUGGGAUUGGUUGAGGUCCUCACUGGAGCGGUACAGCGGGGACCACGCUGUACUCAUUCCCAUAGUGUCAGGCGUCAGGGAAUCCGAUCCCCCCACGGUAGGCUGCUGGGAAUAGGUAAGACAGGGAAAGUUCUUAACAAUGUUUUUUUAUUCAAUAUUCACAGAGAGAGGCUUAGAAAUGCUGCCUUUUGGAGUAAUGGGUGUUGCUCCGAGUAAAUCUCUACACCCCCCUUCUCUCCACUUCCUCAAUCGUCAACAGCACAACCCACCUUACGGUGGCCGCUUACGGUCAUUUGUCUCCAAGCCCUUUGCUCUCCUACUUUUUUCUUUUCUUAAAAUAUAAAUUUCUAUUAGUUUUUUUAACAUAUCAUUUUCAACAGUAAUUAAACAUCCUUUUACAUCUUAUACAAUAUUUUUUUUGACUUCCAUCAAUCAUGUCUGAAAAUUUCCCAAUCUAUUCACUUAAUAUACAUUUCUCACAUUCACUAUUACCUUUAAAUCUUAUAACUAAUAUCUCUGUUCUUUCUCUACUUUGCAAUGUUUCAUAUAUUUCUCCUUACAAAACUUCUUGUAGUCCUACUAGUGUAAUUUAUUGCUUACAGUUGCUUUUCAAAUAGUUCGUAUAUUUCUUCCAAUCUUCUGUAAAUCUCUGGUCCUGCAGGUUUCGAAUCUUUCCUGUUUUGUCUAAUUCUGUGUAGUCCAUUAAUUUUGUCUGCCAUUCUUCUUUCGUCGGAAUUUCUUCUUGCUUCUAUUUCUGGGCUAAUUUGCUCUCCUACUUUCAAUGCCCGCCGGGUUCUUGGAGGGGGGGGUCUGGAAUGCUUUCUAGUGAUAACGUAUCAGCCAGCUGCUUCAGCUCUGCCUCCUCCUCUCCCAUUAUUUCCCACUUUGCCCUUCAUCUGCCCCUAAGCUAUGACCUCCGGAAAACCACUGUUGUAAAUCUAUACUGUCUUCCACUUCUCUGGAAGGUUCAGGCUGGGGAGGCGGUCUCCGCCAGUCCUCCUCUGUCCAGUCCCUAACACAUAGUGGCUUUUGUGCUGGGGCAAAGCCCCAGAGCUGUCCUCCUGAUGCUGGCACCGCUGUGCUUCAUCUGUGCAGGGUGACACCAGCAGAGUCCAAUCAGACACCCCUCCCCCUGUGCAUCUGUGCAACCCCGUCCUUGCCUCUGCCUUGCCCCAGUCCCACUCAGGUAAGCUGCAGUGGUGUCAGGAGAGUGGCAGUGCCCCAAACAUGAGAGCCAGUGUGGUGUAGUGGUUAAGAGCGGUAGACUCGUAAUCUGGUGAACCGGGUUCGCUUCCCCGCUCCUCCACAUGCAGCUGCUGGGUGACCUUGGGCAAGCCACACUUCUCUGAAGUCUCUCAGCCUCACUUACCUCACAGAGUGUUUGUUGUGGUGGAGGAAGGGAAAGGAGAAUGUUAGCCGCUUUGAGACUCCUUCGGGUAUUGAUAAAGCGGGAUAUCAAAUCCAAACUCCUCUUCUUCUUCUCUUCAUACCAUCCACUUCUGGCUGGGACUGAACUUUUCGUCUAAAGGCUUUUUAGAGCAGGGGAUGUGAACUGAUUUUGUCACUUGGGGGCGAGUAUUCAGGGCAAGAUGAAUUAGGGAGAGAGAACUUGGUUAAUAGGAAUUGGUUAAUGUCACAUUUGACCAACAUGGAUAGAAUUUGCUAUGUGGUAAUCACAAUUGGGCAUUAACAAUGUUUUUCUCCUUUACAGUCUAGUGUGUGCCUGAUGGAAGCAUCUGGGAACCUAUUUUUAAUCAACAAUACGUUGGCAAACGUUUUUGCGGCUAAAAGUGUAUAAGCAGACAUUUUGGGGCCUGUUCUGUGAUGCUUCCGUCGUGUGGCAGUGGCAACUGUAAUACCUGAGAACCGUUCAGGGGCCUUGUUCACGCGAGUGGGAAAAUGUGGACUCCUAGAGAAGAGAAACGGCCCUUCUGCCGCUGUACUGAGUUAUACCAAGCCACACUGCUUUUGAUAUUUGAAAACUCCUUUAAAAUGGCGGGUGGGAAAUGAUUGGCACUUUUUUGGGGGGGACGAAAUAGGUCGUUGUGUGAGGCAAAAGGUGUGAGUGAAUACUAGCAAAAUGAUGGCUUGACUUCUUCCUUUUGCCUACCUCCCCGCCCCCGUCUCCUUCCCAGUGGAAGCGGAAUAAAACUAGCCUUAUGGAAAACAGCCAGAAAAUCCUGUCUGCGCUGUUAGCCAGGACUGAUGUUGGUGCUCGCGGGGAGGAAGCACCCCCAUCUUCAAAGGAGGUGACGAGCAGGUGCUUCCAGCAGCUGUCAGAGUCUUAUGAUGAAGAAUAUGGUGGAUUCUCGGAGUCUCCCAAAUUCCCUACUCCAGGUUAGUCUAAGAUCUUCCUGUCAAGCUGUCUGAGUAGCUCAGGGAUGUGUGGCUCUCCUGAUGUUGUUGGACUCCAACUCCCAUCAGUCCCAAGCCAGCAAUUGCCUGUGGUCACAGGAAUGAUGGGAGUCCAGGAACACCUGCAAAGCGAUUCCCCAUCGUAGCCAUAAGAGGAGGCAGCGCUGCAUAAACCACCAACCAAGGCUCAUUACUUUCCUGCUUAUUUGUUUUCUAGUCAACUUGAAUUUCCUCUUCUCUUACUGGGCUCUUCAUCGGUCAACUACUGAAGGGGCUCGGGCACUGCAGAUGGCCCUGCACACCCUCAAGAUGAUGGCCUAUGGCGGGGUUCAUGAUCACAUUGCCCAGGUAUGAAGGGGUGGGGGCAGUGUGAGUUGAGUGGUUUCGUGAUUUUCACAAGGGAACUUUCAUCCGUGUGCCAUUCUCCAUUCCUUGACAUGGAAGUUCUGUGUCCAUCCACCUGCCUGAUUUUGCUCAUCACUCCAUAUUCUUUUUCAACUACCCACUUUCAGAGGAAGGAAGAUCUGAGAAAAGGUAAUAAUAGAUGCAGUGUUGCCGUGUAAAACUAAAAAACGCCCGGAAAUGGCUGUAAAGUGCUGCUGGAAAUAGAUGUGAAGUGUUGCAUCUUUCUGAAUUACAGAGGUGUACCCAAGAGAUUCUUGGGUUUAACAGCAGGCAGUAUUUUACUGAAGAAACUGGUCCAAUUCAAAGUCAUUUUAUCUAUUCCACCCCAUUCAUGUGUGUAGGGUCAACUUGGUUAUAAACACCAUUAUCUAACAAUUUUUAGAUCCCAGUGUGUGUGUGUAGUUUAUUUUAAAGCUGAAUUCCACAGACACACCCAAACUAAAUCCUGUUGGGUCAGAUUCUAGGAAGAUAUAGAAAGGAUAAUCUUCUGGAAAUCUUUCCAAGGGACAGAGGUGUAUCUGCAGCAGGGCCUGUUGUGCAUGGCCUUGCUCCAGCUUUCACUUGUAUCUAGCAGUUAGUGGUGCAUAAGGUUCCACAUGAUACCCUCCUCCUUUGUGGAUUAUGGACAUUGUGGCAGUUCUCCCGUGGAUGAGCAUCACACCACUGCAGGCUUGGUUGGUCUCAGUGGUUUCAAAUCACCACCAGGCCCAUUGACCCCUUUGCUGGAUGCCCUAGUCCAGCGGUUCUCAACCUGUGGGUCCCCAGAUGUUGUUGGACUACAACUCCCAUCAUCCCUGAGCUCUGGCCUUGCUAACUAGGGGUGAUGGGAGUUGUAGUUCAACAACAUCUGGGGACCCACAGGUUGAGAAAGGCUGCCCUAGUCUGUUGAACUGAGAGUUCUCUGCCCCUCUCCCAGGCAUGGGAUACCUGACCACAGUUACAACUGGGCAGAAGUGACGAGACGUUUCUUCCCCUCUCUCUGCCGCAGGGGUUCCAUCGCUACUCCACUGACCAGCGCUGGCACGUGCCUCACUUUGAAAAGAUGCUGUACGAUCAGGGGCAGCUGGCAGCAGCCUACGCCAAGGCAUUUCAGGUACUUCCCCAGCUCAGAUUCUUGCCUCAACAAUACCCUGCAGUCCCCUCCUUAUUAGUUAAGGCCAGAGGACACGGUUCUCAUCUUGGCAAAAGAGGCAGGCAGGAAGCAGAGCAUGAUGCUGGGAUCGUGAUACUUCUGUGCCAGCACCAGGGGGCAGCAUUGUUGGGCAUCUGCUGAGGUUUACAGUCAACCACCAGUGUUUCCUGGCUCUGCUGGCCCUCUGCACUUGCCCUCUCUGAGCGUGGAAGGCAGUGGCCAAAGCAAGAAGGCAGAGGAGAAGCCGCUUCUGCCAGCGCAGCGAUGUAGUUGAAUACGGUCCUCGCUUCUUAACCUCCUCACAUUUUCGGCCUAUCGCUGAGAUGGCAUGGAGGUAAAUGUGAUUUGCCGCCGGAAAGCAGGAGGUUAGGUGGGAAGAAGACAAACACUGGGCUUCUUGAGCCUGAUUCCCGCAUCCAGGGACUCGUGCCUUCAUGCAGAGGAGAGGAAAAGGAGACGUUUGUUGUUUUUCUUUGUAGGCCAUCUAUGGCAACAGAGGGAGAGGAUGACACUUGGGUGGCGGGCAGGCGGGUGUGUGUGUAUGUGUGUGUGUGAGGGUUCACCGCUUCCUUUCUUCCUGCAGCUGUUCUUGGCAGUUACAUGGCACCUCAGGAGUGUUAACGAAAACUGAGAGCGGCACUUGGCCUUUGUGGAACAGGCGGAGCUUUACAGAGGGUUGUUGGGGGGGGGGACGGGGAAGAGAGAAGCGAGAAAUGGUUCACAUGGGCAAAGGAUGCUAAUGUUUGUGCUGUGGCAAGGGUGCUCUGAGAUGGAAAUAAUUUGCUGCCACUCCCAGGGAAUCUCGGGUGCCUGCCUCUCUCAGUGCUGCUUUCCACACAACAGUUCCACAAGCAAGUCCAGCCACCGCUGUGCUCCUCUUCCUUAGAAAUUGGGGCGGAGAGACUUCCGGGGUGGCGCCAUCGGCAAUGGCGGACUCCCUCUGAAUUGGAGGGACUAGCUCCGCGCGAAAUGGGUCUUCUCCGCUACGGCGAAGCGGGGAUCCUUUUAAAAAUCACAGGCGGAUGAAGCCUGUGACCAUGGGACUCGGCGGGCACCCUUAGCGCCCCCCCAACCCGCAAAGGAACCCAUUAACGGGCUCCGAAGCGAAGAGGGGGAAGUGGCGCAGUGCUGUGAGUCAACUGCUAUUUCCGUGGAGCGAAGCCACACAGCUGUUGCCGGAGAGCGCUGCCUUUUUCCUGGGACAAAUUGGCUUCUAAAAUAAGCACCCGUGAGUACUUAAACUUUGAACAAUUGGACUUUAAAUAAGGACUUGCGAGCAGAAAGGAAUUGGAUUUAAAAAUUUUACUUCAAUUUGGUACUGAAACGGGAAGGUCUAAACAGGAAGUCAGCCUUCCGUUUCUUUGUAGACAGAAUAAAGCAAAGACAACAUAAACUAGAGCUUAGAAAAUUGCCUCUAAAGGAUUGGCUUUCAUCAUUUAAAAUUGUUGAACCCCCCUUCGGCAGCAGGAGAAGAAGGGGGAUCUUUUCUGGACUGUUUAAACCUGCAGAAGUGAGUUUAAAGUAAAGUAACUUUCCACCGUCCUGAUCCUGGAGCGGGGUGUCAGGACUGACGUUUGAAGCUCAUCGACCAGAAAUAAGCGCUUUUGACAGAUAGCUAAAAGAAGAGGAACAUAGUGAUUCCAUUGUUUCCUUUCGCACCUUAAAGGAACAAAUAUUGACAAAAUAUCUGAAAAAAGGAAACUCUGUUGCUAGACUUGUCUUUAAAAGAAAGAUUAAACAGAAGUUUUCCCCCUAGAGGGAGACUGUGAAACUGUAAUCAACUCCUGGGAGCUGGCAUCUGUUACAGAUUACAAUCGUGGGAAUAGACAUCUGACCUUCAGGACAAUGUAUUCAGAAGCUCUGUUGUGUGCUUUCUAUAAAACAAAUGCCCUACUGGAACAGUUACAUGAGAAGACGAAUUUGAUGGCUGAUUCGAUUAGAAAUUUUGAACAGGCAGUGGGAAAAUAUGUGGAGCCCACCCAGGAAUUAAAUCAGAAGUGUGUCUUGACAGAACAGGCCCUACAGGAAUAUGAACUUUCGGAUUUGACAAAUGAACUUGGAAAAAGCCAGAUUUGGAAAGAAAAAGUUUGGUUUGGUUUGGAAAUGGGGGGUUGGAUAGACCCUCCUAUGAAAUUGGACUUUUCAAGUCUGGCAAUGGGCCGUGAGAUGUUUGGGAUUGUGGGGGCUCUUAAUUUUGGAGGGAUUCUGAAACAUGUUUUUAAAUACCACAUGGAAUUUAGUGUCCGAUUAUGGAAAAGGGGCUGAUCUGUCGAGAAGGGUCAAAAAUACUGCUAAGUUGGAGUUCCCACGAGUGAAAGGAGCAGGAGACAAAGGAAAAUACAGCUAUAAAUAUGAAGAAGAGCUGCGGAAGGGACAUGGAAGGGACUUAAGGGCCUCGGAUAUAAGAUUACCAGGUUAAUGCGCCAGAUUGAUGGGAUAAUAAGGACUGACAAAACCCGGGACCAGGAGGAAGGGACGCUGGAUGAAGAUUGGAUUUGUUUUUAUUUCUUUUUUCACUACUAGGACUGUUUUAUAAAAUUGAUGAAUGUUAGAAAAAUGUUGGAAUGAAAUUACUUGGCUUUAGUAAAAAUGUUUAAAGAAUUAUGCAAGAAUAUUAUGGUUAUGAGAAGUUGGUAAAAAUAAGAAUUAAGUUUUAAGUCUCAAGGUUUUUUUUAUAGUAAGAUAAGAUUAAAAUAGUUUAAGGUAAUGUAACGACAGAAUAUUAUGAAAUAUGGAAAGGAUUUGCUGUGACAAUUAACAAACAGGAUACAAGGAAGGGGAGGAGGAGGAGGUCAAGGAAAGAGGGUAAUGACAGUUGAGGAGUUGAGAAUAAUGGAUUUGUUUUUAAAUGUUUUUAAAUGUUUGUGGUGUAUUUUUGUUUUUUUCUUCCUUAUUUUGAAUUUGUAUAUGUAUGGUUGGAAGUGGUUUGUUUUUCUCUAUUUCUACUUUGUUUUUCUUUCGUAACUUUAAAAAAAAUAAUUCUCCCCCCCCAAUAAAUAUCAUUAAAAAAAAGAAAAAAAAGAAGUUGGGUCGGAGAGCACUUGACCAUGGAGAGAAGGUUCCAUUUUGUUUUAUCCAAGGGGAGCCUUGGUGCUGGAGGAGGACGGAGCUGGGCAAGCCACACACAACUUGCCAUGCGCACCCUAAGCUAGCCUACUGCCCUCGGGUGUAACACCUUGCCGUGUUGCCAGUGUAGAAGGUGCAGCUGCCAGUCCAGCCAGCUUCUGUACUUGAAAUUGUGGGGAGAUGCCAUCUUCCCCCUCAGGCUGCAGAAUGCCUGUGGACCCAAAUAGCAGUUUAUCUUCUGGAGCAAGUAGCACCUUGCAAGGGGGCAGGGAGGAUAUUUGUCGGGAAAGCAGAGUGAUGAUGUGUUUGCAGGAGUGGGGUGCAUUAAAUCAAUUUGCUCUCUGGGCCUAAUCCAGACUGAGAGGGCCCAUGUCUGCUUCUUUCUUUCUUUCUUUCUUUCUUUCUUUCUUUCUUUCUGAGGAGAAACGAAUCAUACAUGUAAUAUGUUGCCUAGGAUGGUCGUGAGGGAGUCAGCUGUUGGGAGUCACUAAGGUUUCAAACUGUGCUGAGACAAAAACUUAUAUCUCUCAGUAAAUAUGUGGCUUAGUUGAGGCAGAGGAUUUCCCCCACUAGUUUUGGGAAUGCUGAGUGUGUAAGGAAAUGAACUCCUUGGAUCCUUAAAAAAUAAUAAUCUUGGUGUGGUUUCUGAGGAUUACAAGUUAAGGGUCUCACCAUAUAAGCCUAAUGAUGUGCCUUCUGGUUUUACUGUGUCUGACUUGGCACAUUUUAUAUAGUCUUGGUCUCUUUGUGUUUAUAAUUUAAGCAGAAGCAUAAACAACUAUGCCUGUUUUGGGGUUUAAAAUUCCAUUAUAACAUUUUUUGGAUUUAUAGUAGUGAAUAAAUUUUAAGGAGCAAUUUCAAGGGGAGGUCUAGUCUUGCAGCAUUAGAGUUUCUGGACAUUUAAUAGCCAAGCUGAAUUUUGGCAGGCGCAGUGUUGUUACACAGUGUUGACUGUGAUGUUACAAGCUGGGCCAACUGAAAUGUUCUCUUCUGCAUAGCUGUUAAAGAUACAGUACUCCAGUAUUGAAGGUUGGCCAUCCCUCCUUUAAGUGGAAGUAGCGAUGCCAUUUCAUUCCUGCAUUGUCUCCUGUGGUGCAUAUGAUACUCCCCACCCCUGUUUUCCCUCCUGCAUCAUGCCUACAGCUAAUUCCUCUCUGUUUAUGUUGAAGGCAGGGUCUUCUCUCUGGUGGCACCUUCCCUGCAGAAUAGCCUCCUGGGAGAGUUUUGCCAGGUUUGUUCUGUCGGAGCUCGACAGAGUUGUAAAAAUAUUGUUGUGUGCUCCCCAAUCUCUGAGCAAUGAGAGACUCCAGGGAGUUUGCUUGCCUUGGAAUGAAGGUCUCUAGAGACACUGGUGCCUUUAGGAUGUAUGGCUUUAUAUGCACAUAUACAACCUGAUCAUAAGAUGGUAGGGCUCACAGCACUAACUCUUCAAACAGAUAUUGCUUCCUCAAUAGAUUUCUGCCCUCCACUCCAAAGCCAUAGCUUAGCUUUCAGCACCGAUAGCCUGUGUGUCUUUUCAGCUCCCAGUUCCAGAGCAGCCUAGACAAAAACUAUUGGACUAUUGUUUUCCUACCUGCUAAAGGCUGUGGCUCCCAGACAGGUUUUGGUGGGAGAGAUUAACCUCUCCCGAAAGAGCAUCACCAGUCAGUUGUCUCUAUGGCAACAUAUCCGUACUUCCACCAACUUUUUAGACAUGUAAAUAGAUGCCUAACAGACUUGCCCAGGCCCGUUACCUUAACGGAGAGACUGGUUUGGUCAGUCCCUUCUACAAAUUCCCACAGGCUUGGUUGGGCACAAAGGCAUAGUCAAAGCCAGCCCCCCAUCUUAUAACAAUAUUGUUCAUUCUUCCAGGCUUUUGUAGGGAGGAGGAAUGUCUCAUUGAUUCUGGCGCAUAUAUUUUAGCUGUGUCGUAACAUGUUUUGUGAGUUUCUAAGUCAUUUAAAUCUAUUUAUAGUCUACAGAUGCAGUGCUGUGUACUGUUGAUUUUAAUUGCAAGAGACUUGGAGGGCUCUUGAGGCACACUGGCCAGAGCCACCUCCAGGGGGUAAAUUCCUAUGUAGACACCUCUGAGAGCACGCUGGGCACUCUGUAAGAGUUGCUACUGAUGUGGUCAUGGCUGGAGGUGAGAGCUUUCAUGCUGAGCCAGUUUCCCCCUCCACACUAAUUUAAAUUGCUCAUUACCGGGCUCCCCAGAUUUGAACAGGAUUUGCAGCUGUGGAAUCCACAAGGGCUUUGAAGCCAGAAAACUACCCAUCUGCUGCCUCUCCUUUCUGAUGAUUGGCUUCCCUGUAUCCUGAAAUAAUCUUGGGUAGCCCCAUUUCACAUCCGAUCAUCCGCUUCUGGCACCAGGAUAGCAACCUUCAACUUAUUCACCUUUUAAAGAAAGCAGCUUUGAGAGAAAUUUACAUAAAGGUGGGAGUUGUGUCCAUCUGUCCCAAAUUCUGCAACUGGAAAGCCGAAAUCCCAUAAGAAUAAAUCGUACAGAUCAGACAAAUAGGAACAGGCAGGUGUAAAGUUCCCAGGUUAGUCCUGCUGUGAAAUUCAAGUUCUUGCAUAUCAUUAUUGGGUUGUUGCUGGGGUUUUUUGACAAGGGAUCGGUGUGGCAUUUGGGGCCAGGAUGUGUACAAAUUGGACUGGAAAUCCAUACGGACAGGUAUCAGUUGCAGGUCCAUCAGCUGCACCUAUUUUGAUGUUGUUUGUUUCUGAGCUUAUAGCAGGGAUGUGUUUGCAUGCAACGUACAUCUUAGCAGAGCCAAGAAGAGGGCAUGUGUCCCUCACAACCAGUGUUUUUCAUUUAUUUACUAGGCAACAGCUGCCCCAAUGCACUGGGGGCUGAAUGACCUGGGCGUGAUUCCUCCUCAGUAUUCAACAUUUCUGCUGCACAAAGAUUGUUGAGACUGCAUUGAGUAGCGUUGAGAUGCCAACAUAAACUGUACCUAUUGAUUCUAGCAGUGGUGUGUGUAUGUGUAUUGUGGUCCAGAGAUGGGGCCCAAGCUAAUCCCAUUGUGGGUUAACAUCUUGUGCCAUCCUCCUCUCCCAUUUGAUCUUUAAAUCAUAAGCUCCCUUUCCCUUUUCCCCACCCCCCAAUUACAUUAUCUUUGGAAUGCAAUCUUCCUUGUGUCUUAAAACAGAUCUCUGGGGAUGAAUUCUUUGCAGACAUAGUUGCAGACAUUCUGCUCUACGUUUCCCGGGAUCUGAGUGACGGGGUAAGCUAUCAUCUCCAGGGUCUUGUCUUGCUGCUAUUAAAUGUGGGUUGGACUUUGAGUCACCAACAUCCAUGUGGAACUGUUGCAACAGCAGCAGGUUCAGUCCUUGAGUGUAGAUAUCGUAGCUUUAGCACAUCCUCCCACCAGAGCCUUUCCUCAUUGUUCCCAUUCAUUUUUCCUGGGGCAAAGCUGGGCUUGUUUGGGAUCUACGCUUAAUGAUGCACCCUCUGAUAGGCUUAAACAGAGGGUAAUUUCUUUCAAUGUUGAAAAUGUCCAUGAUGGGUUAUAAAAGUACUUCAAACAAAAAGACUUCAAAUACUCUUAAAACAAUAAUUGUUGCAAGGGCCAAACCACAUGUUACGUGCAAAUUCUGACAGCUGCUUUGGGUGAGGGUGUGAUGGACAGGGGAAGGGUUAAGCUUCCUCACCUCUGUUGCUUCUCUGAUUCAAAUUACUCCUCCCCCAAGCUGCUUUGCCUAGAAAAAGCAGCUGCUGGAAUUUUACUAUACAAGCGUGUGUAUAAGGUGUAGUUCGUUGCUAAAAAAGUAUUCUCAAAGGGGAUUUCCAGGAGAGCAGCUGUUUUAAUCUGCUGUAGCAAAGGCAGCACAGAGUCCCCUAGCACCUUAAUUCCAUGCUGUGGGACAGGAUCAUGACAGUGAAAGUAACUAGACUUUCUUAAUUGGACCAUUCCCAGAUAGGCUUUCACUAGGUUGAUGAUGCCAUCACUGGUGUAUUCCACAUGUGUGUCUGCUAAUAGUGGUGCUUUGUUUUUCAGUCUGGGGGGUUCUACAGUGCAGAGGAUGCAGAUUCCUACCCCACAGUCCAGUCAACAGAGAAGCAAGAGGGUGCAUUCUGUGUGUGGACAGCUGAGGAGAUCCGGUGGAACCUGCCAGACCCCAUUGAAGGGAUCCCAGAGGAAAAGACCAUGGCAGAUGUCUUCAUGCAUCACUAUGGAGUUAAAGAGGACGGCAAUGUGAAUCCAAUGAAGGUGCAGUGGGAGAGAAGGCACAACCUGGGUGGGAAUUGUUGUGCUUCCCAUCAGUCCCGAUGUCACAGGCACUGCCCAAUACGUGCCUGUGAUGCUUGGGAAACUCCAAUUUUUCCUCUGCUGGUGGUAGGAUGAGCACUCUGCCUGACUCAUAGAUGAGGAGCUAUUGAGGCUUUCCAACUUCAGGCAGCCUAUAGAUCUUGGAAUUCACAAAUGCUUACCAGCAGUCUCUAGACCCGAAUUCUUCUUACAUCAGGCACCAACCCGAAGGGCUGGUGUGAAGCAGGGGCUUCAUUAAUGAUAUGGGACGGCAGAGGAUUUCACUCCCUGGAAGAUCUGAUAUUGCAUGUCCUGUUCACAUCCUUCUUCCCCUUAGCAUGCUAACCCCUAAAGAUGGUAAUCUGUCUAGUAACAUUUGAUUAUGCAUCUUGGCAUUGCAUACGAAACACUACUUACAUUUCAGAUAAGUGAGUUACAGUUAUCAAUAACUACUUACGACUGCCAGGAAUCGAUCCUCCCCUGGCUUUCCUCCCCCUGGAACACAAGCUCACUCCAGGUCACUUGGACUGCUCUGCUCCCUUUGGCUCCAGCCUCCCAGCUGCCCCUUAGAAAAGGAAGUAGGAAGAGGCUGCUGGCAGCCUGGCCAACAGGGCCUGGUUGGGGCUCUUUGGCUAGGUCUACAACCUGCGUUUUCAGUCUUUUGCUUGCUUGACUUCUUUGCCUUGCAAUUCUGCCUGAUCCUCACCCCCCAGACCCCAAUUAUUCUUAGAAGAGGGGGGAAAGUCCCAGUGGCCCCAUUGGAAGCUCCCCAUUCCCUGCUAAGCCAUAAGAGGAGGGGACAUGGUGGUCUUGAUUCAAAGGCACUGUGGGACACAUCUUGCCUCCUUGUCACUGAGUUAGAUCAAUAUUCUUCAACUAUUUUAUUUUAAUUUAUAGCGAGAAAGAUAAGACACAAAAAAAGAAGAAGAAACAAGAAAUAGUACCCAUGUAAAAUGACAAAAAAGAUACUGUGUACAUUACAAAAAAAUAAUAAUGGGGAAAUUGUUAUUGUAGUUAACCAGACCUUAAUCUGUUAUAGUAUUUGUAAAAACGAAUUCCGAAUAUCGUUAAAUUUAUCCAUCUUUUUAACCCCAACUUUCAACAUGGGAUCCUCUUUUAAUUUCCCCCGUAUAUGCCCUUCCUUUUUGGCUUUCUUUUGUGUCUAGUUUCCUCCUUUUCCCCCCUACCUGCCUCUGGCUCCUCCUGCCAAACCAAAGUUACCAAGGGAGGAAAAAGGAACAAUUCAAUGGGAUGGGCAUUAGAGGCGCAACUCAUUCUACGUUGCCCCAGUUACUGGCCUCAACUCACCAGUGAGUUAGAGUAAUCCCAAUGGCAGGGCCUGCUAGGGAUGCUAACCCAAGUCUCACUUGGAGAGUAUGCCGUCCCUUCCUGUUCUCCAUUGUUGGGUUUUCUUUUCAGGACCCUCAUAACGAGCUAAAAGGGAAAAACGUCCUGAUUGUGCAGUAUUCCCUGGAGCUCACAGCGGCCCGCUUUGGACUGCAGCUGGAGCAGCUGAAGACGCUGCUUGCUAAAGGCAAGGAGAAGCUCUCCAAGGCUCGUGGCCUGCGACCACGGCCCCACCUGGACACCAAGAUGCUGGCGUCCUGGAACGGUGAGGUUGCUCUUGCGCUGAGCUCACUGCCAUGCAUCCACAUGCAAUCGGCUGCACAGAGGUUGAGUGAAUGGGUGGGAACACACAGGCAGUAUAUUAGCUGAAAUAAGUUCUUCCAUGAUGCAAGCUGCUGAGCAGAUAUGCCCUGAUACUGGAGGGACGGUUGCUGAUAGGAGCAAAACUGCCUACUGUUUCUUCCUUAUUCUCCUGCCCUUGAUGUAUACUGUCCACCCAAGAAGGUAGCUCUAGAGUCUAGACUCUAGACUGAGGAAAGGACCACUAUUUUUCCUGAAACUCUUCUCCCCAUUUUCCAGCAGGGGGCAGCAGAACCUUUCUCCUGUUUCCCCUCACAGGCGCUUUGAAAUAAUCUUGCUUUAACCUGUGCAGCUGCGGCAUUACCCUUGACUUUUCACAUUCUAUAAAAGGGGGUGCCCCUGUCUGUUGUGGAAUAAAAGAUACACAGACAUACAGCGGGGGGAAAGAAGUAGAGAAACAUGCCAGCCUCUUGGGAGAGAAUGUGUGUGUGUGUGCUCAAGAAAGUGGUUCCAGAAUUCACAGAAUUCUCCUUUCGGAAAUUGUCUUGUGCUUUCCGCUCGGAAGAGUGUGCUUAUUUAUUUAUUUAAAAAACAAAAUAAAACACGGAGGGAGAAAUGGCUUUCAGAGCUGCGGCUCAGGGCAGAUAUUUUGCCAGCUGACAUCUUCCACGGAGGCAAUAUGAGGGAAAUGUUUGGCCUCUCCUUCCAAAUCCAUCAUCAUCAUCAUUAUUAUUAUUAUGGAUGGGGUAGAAGGAUGAUGCAUUUUUUCACCACGGGGUACCAUGACUGUGCACUCGGUGGUAAGUCAGGCCCUGGAGAAUGAUUGCUUGCCUUCAUUCACCCACCCUGCCUUCAGUGAAUCUUGGGAGCCGCCAUUUUGGUGAGAAAGUGACUUGGGCCUGUUAGCAGCAUGUCACACCACGCCAGCCUUCCGCAUCUGCUGAAUAUCAGUGAAACACAUUCUCCUCGUCAAACACAUUUGAGGGGUGUCAGUCGAGCCUGAGGCCACGUUGGUGCUGCUGCGACACACUGACUCUGCCUCUCUUCUUCUCCCAGGGCUGAUGAUUUCCGGCUUUGCUCAGAGCGGGGCCAUCUUGGGCAAGCGGGAAUACACCGACAGGGCCGUACGCGCGGCUUCCUUCCUGCGGCACCACAUGUUCAGCACCGCCACCGGGAAGCUGAUCAGAAGCUGCUACCGGGGCCAAGGAAGCGUGGUGGAGAAGAGGUAUGCAUCAAGCGAUGACAGGCAAGCCUGUAAAGAGGGGGCAGGAAGGGCCCAGGGCUCUUUGGGUAGGCGGCAUGGGGGCAAAGGCACGUAGCUCAGCCCCCAUGCCGAAACCAGCAUCGCCACAGGCAGGGCACUGGGAUUGGUUCCACCGCUGUGUCUCCUCAACCCCAGUGCUGAGCCUCUGUUUCUUCUGAGGGGAGAAAAGCUGUGAGAUUCUGCGAUCAGGUUCUGCAACCGGCAGAAUUUCCAGGGCAGAAUGGAGAGAGACUUCAGCAUUCCCUACAGCUCAUUGCUUUAUUUCCCCUGGCCCUUCGCUGCUGCCCUUGCCUCUUUCCUCAACUUCUUCCUCCACCUUGGCCCAAGUAGUGGGUUCAAUGUUCUUGUACUAGUGUGGGAAAAACUGAAUAAUUUAGUCUCAGGAUUACUUAAGGACUGCCAUACCCUGUACAGCCCAAGUCAGUCACCAAGAUAAUCAGGGGGAGCACUGUUUCUGGUUGCCUGUGGGCCAGAGUUGUGCCUUCAUGUUAUGGGCCCAGUUCUGUGGAACUCCCUCCCACAAGAAGUUAGGCCGGCACCGUCCCUACUGAGUUUCAGGCGCCUGCUCAAAACCACUUAAUUUCAGGAGGCCUUUGCACCCAGAAGGCUUCUCAGAUGUUUUACAGGUCUCUCUCCCUCUUUUUUAGAUUUUUAAUUCUUGAAGUUUAAUUUUUUUGAGGUUUCAUUCAUGUUUUAAAUUGUGUAUAUUUUGUUGUUGUAAGCCGCUUGAGACCUCCCUGGUGAAAAGCAGACUGUAAUUUAAAAAAUAAAUAAAUGAAGGCUUCUGCAAAAUAAAUAAACAAUAAUUUCCCUCACUACCCCCAAAAAUUAUGCUACUUCCUCAUCUUAAUAAAUAAGCGAUGUUUAAAAUCAAGUCUGUUGGCAAUGCAGGUAUUGGGUGCAGAAAUUUAGUUACCGUAGUUCUCGCAAUGCUGAACAUGAAUUUUGGAGUUUUCACUCUGGAAGGACCUUUAUCACAUGAAUCCAGACCUUUGGCUCUGACCUUAACGCUGCAGGUGCAAUCACUUCGUUCCAUUGAGCAAAGUGGCAAAAUUCCCACCGCUAUUAAUUAAUGGCUCCGGAUUGCAACCGGAAUGAGCAGGGGAAGACGUGAUCUUCAUAGCAAUAAGCAGAGCUUCUGUCUUCACAGCCGCCUGUGCUUUGGCUCCUUUCCGAGUCACUGGGUGGCCUGUUAAAAAGUGUCUACAUAUGUUUACUAACAAAUAGGCAUUUAGUGCUAAUGCUAAAUAUAAGAACUCAGUGUUUGCGCAGUGACCUUGUUUGCACAUAACACUAAGGCAAUCCAUGGCUUUAUUCAAAUGCUUGGGCUUCUGGAUCGCGGAUGAGCUAAGCCAUGGUUUGGCCUUGGGCUGUCGUCUGAACCUGGGCUUGUGGUUUGCCUCGCUCCACCCAAACAAUGAUCUGUAUCCAAGGUUUGCUUUUGUUUUACAGCUCCUAGUUUGUCUAGAAGAGGCAAACCAUGAGCCUGGGGUUAGGCAAUAUGCUAAACCAAACCAUAGCACAGCAGGCACAGGAUUAAAGGUGCCUCCACAUUUCUCUGAGCCAUAGUUUGGCUUGGUGUUACGUGCCAACCGAGCCGUAAGUGCUUCAAAGCAGAGUUUCUCAACCUUGGGUCCCCAGCUGUUGUUGGGACUACAACUCCCAUCAUCCCUAGUGGCCAGGUAACACUGGGAGUUGUAGUCCAAGAACAGCUGGGGACCCAAGGUUGAGAAACUCUGCUUUAAAGCGCCCAUAUCCCAUAUCCCAUAUCCCUUUGCAAAAACUUUGUAAAGCAUGCUGAGUAUUAAUACCCUGAUGUUACGGACUGUCGGCUGGUGCUGAAAGUGGCUUAAAAAGGAGCCCUGCUGCUUCAGACCAAAGGUCCAUCUAGUCCAGUGUUUCCCAAACUUGGGUCACCAGCUAUUUUUCUGGACUACAUUUCCCAUCAUCCCUGGCCACUGGUUUUGCUAGCUAGGGAUGAUGGGAGUUGUAGUCCGAGAACAGUUGGCAACCAAAGUUUGGGAAACCUUGAUCUAGUCCACCAUCCUGUUUCCCACAGUGGCCCACCAGAGGCCUCUGCGAAGCAAGGGCAAAAGCUGUCUCCUGCUUUUGCUCCCUGGCAAAUUGGUAGAGAGAGGCCUAAGGAAGCAUGCUCCAGGCCAGCCGGCUGAGCCCAUGUUUCAGCUGGGGACUUCCAGGCUCUGAAUCAUCGCAUGGCACCAGACCCCUUGUAUCCAAUAGGAGAAGCACAGACAUGAAUUCCACAAGGAGAAGCACGUUUAUGUGAAGAUUAAGGACAGGUGCAAAGGAAUGUAAUGCAAGAUAUGUGCUUUAGAGAAAUAAUACAUACAGUACAGUCAUACCUCAUGUUACGUUUGCUUCAGGUUGCGUGUUUUCAGGUUGUGUCCCGCGGCAACCCGGAAGUACCAGAAAGGGUUACUUCCGGGGUUCGCCGCUUGCGCAUGCGCAGAAGCACAAAAUGACGUCACGUGCAUGUGCAGAAGCGGCGAAUUGCGGCACGCGCAGACGCGGGUUGCGUUCUUUUCAGGUUGUGAACGGGCCUCCAGGAUCCUGUUUGCAACCAGAGGUACCACUGUAUAUGGCAGUAGAUAAAAGAUUUGAAUGGAAACAGCAUGGAAGUAAGGCUGGACAGUCUUAAGGGAAUAUCGUGUUUAAAUUGAAUUGAAUUUGUUAAAUGGUUUGAAAACUAAUUAAAAAUUAUGGAAAAAAGGAAAGAUUUGGGCAGGUGCAUGUACGCUAGCCGGCCCAGAACACAGGCAUAUGUGUCACAGCUUGAGCUUCCACCAAGGGAACCCCCUUCCCUGCCAUCCCUGAGAAACGAAGCCAAUCCCUGGAGGGGGCGGUUCCUGCAACCCCCCUUGGCAUUCCUGGCACCGGCGCCUUCUGCCAGGUGGCAAAUGGAUGUCAAGCCUUUGGCAACAGAAGCUUCGGAAGGUCCCCCGCCUCCAAGCAAAACCCUCAUCCCUGACUUACUCUUUCCAGGAGCCUGCUCUCCUCUUGAGCAAACACAAACGAAGCUCGUGUCAAUAGAGAUUAAGACAGUCGGGGAAAGUAUGUGCGAGAGUGUGUGAUUUGCUUGGCUACUUAAUGUUAAUAGUGCCUUUCCGCUGCAUGUCAAGCUGAUCUUUGCUUAACUGGUUGGCAAAUUGAGGUGGCGGGAGAAAGGCAACGGGGAGGGCCGCAUAAAGGUGAUCCUGUGUGCUGAAAUUACAUUUGCACCUACCUUUUUGAGUGUCGGGCUCGUUCCAGCAGCAGAGUAAUUUACUUUCCCCUGUCUGCACAGCCUCUUCAGUUGGGGUUGAAAUACGGUUCUUCCUCUUUGCCCGUCAGGCUGAGAAGAACAGUGGUAGAGCAGCUGCACUGAAAGCAGCAAGGUUCCCAGGUUCAAUACCUCGUACCCCCAGGAGAGGCUGGGAAAGACUCCCAGUCUGAGAGCCCAGAAAGGUGCUGCCAGCCCGUGCAGGCAAUACUGACGUCGGUGGACCCAACUUGGUCUAACUUGGUAGAAGGCUCCCUUCCUAGGUUUCUGUGUAACAUAUUGGGGGCUCACAUGUCCUGAGUAAAGGAAACAUAGAAUCAUAGAGCUUUAGAGUUGGAAGGGACCCCAGGGGUCGUCUAGUCUAGCCCCCUGCAGUGCAGGAAUCUCAGCUGAAGCACCAGCUUUAUGGAGGACUCAAUAAUAAUAAUAAUAAUAAUUUAUUUAUACCCCGCCCAUCUGGCUGGGUUUCCCCGGCCACUCUGGGCGGCUUCCAACAGAAUAUUAAAAUACAAUAACCUAUUAAACAUUAAAAGCUUCCCUAAACAGGGAUGCCUUCAGAUGUCUUCUAAAAGUCUGGUAGUUGUUGUUCUCUUUGACAUCUGGUGGGAGGGUGUUCCACAGGGCGGGUGCCACUACCGAGAAAGCCCUCUGCCUGGUUCCCUGUAACUUGGCUUCUUGCAGUGAGGGAACCGCCAGAAGGCCCUCCGGGCAGAACAAUGGGGGUGGAGAUGCUCCUUCAGGUAUACUGGACCGAGGCUGUUUAGGGCUUUAAAGGUCAGCACCAACACUUUGAAUUGUGCUCUGAAACGUACUGGGAGCCUACCUCUGAAAGGGCUUUGCCAUCCCACUGUUUAUGACUGGGAAGGCAGAAGCCUCUACGCAAAGGAUGGGGGACUCGUGACCCUCUGUACGUUGUUGGACUACGACUCCCGUCACCCCUCACCACUGGCCAGGGCAGUCCAAUAGAUUCCCCUCCAGUGUUCUUUAACUGGCUAUGCUGCCUUUCCCAAACAUUGCAGGCGAAACAAAAGAAAGAGCAUUAAAAACCAACCAUCCAUGUAUUUUUAAAGUAUUAUUAGCCAUGCUGGCUGGGGGCAGCUCUUAGCUAAGAGAAUACAUUGGGAUAGCAUGAGAGUGGAUGCCCUCCACCUGCCCUGUUCAUUAUGUUAGUUAAACAACAAACUCAUUUUAAGAUGAUGCGGCUCCAUUGCAUUCUUGUGGCCUUGUGCAGCUCCAUCCAUGGCUUCCUGGAGGACUACGUCUUUGUCAUCCAAGCGCUCUUUGACCUCUACGAGGCCUCGCUGGACCCAAACUGGUUGGAGUGGGCUGUGCAGCUGCAGCACAAGCAAGACGAGCUCUUCUGGGAUCCAAAGGGUUUUGCCUACUUCUCCACGGAGGCUGGCGACCCUUCCUUGCUCCUGCGCAUGAAGGAUGGUACGUGUUUCCCCUUAGAGACGAGACCGUCAGGCAUGCAACCCUCCGAGUGGAUGAGCGAGAGCCUUAAUCAAAAAUCCGGGUUUUUUCUUUUAAAAAUAUAUUUUAUUAAUUUACGGAUCGCUUUCUGACAAUUUACAAACAUACCAUAAAACAGCUGACACUCUCCCUUGUGGAAAUAUGUUCAACAGCAAUACAGUGGUACCUUGGGUUACAUACGCUUCAGGUUACAGACUCCGCUAACCCAAAAAUAGUACCUCGGGUUAAGAACUGUGCUUCAGGAUGAGAACAGAAAUUGCGCGGCAGAGGCGUGGCGGCAGUGGUAGGCCCCAUUAGCUAAAGUGGUGCUUCAGGUUAAGAACAGUUGCAGGUUAAGAACAGGCCUCCAGAACGAAUUAAGCUCUUAACCCGAGGUACCAGUAUACAGUGGAAAAGACCAGUCCAUCCAGCUAGGUCUAACUUUAAAACUAUUGAGUAGGGUCAUAUGGAAAUGCUGACAGGUCCUUUCCUGGUGUUUCCAGUGCCUGUGCUUAAAAACAAACAAACCGUAAAACGAGUUUCUGUGCUUGGUAUAAGCCCACAUCCAUCUCCUGAGGCUAACGUGAAGCCUUGCCUAAGGGAAAUGCCUCCUCAAUCCACAACCCCACCUCUUGCCCCACUUUCCAGCCUUCAAAGAUACAAGCGCUGGAGUUUCAAGCCUGGUACGUGGGUUGCUGCAGAGAUGUGCAUCCGCCGAGCAUCUCUCUGCCUGCUGUAGACACACACUCUGAGAAGGCACCACAGGCCUGGUGGUUUAGCCCACUUGCCUUGUGCAUUUAUCACACUGCGGCUUCUCUAUGUUACAUUAGCAUGCUCACAACCUACAGGCUGUCGGUGUUCAGUGCUGAGUGGGGCGACCUGAUUUGCAGCAUAUAUGUACACGGUAGGUGAGGUUCAGAGGCUGGCUGUUGGCUUAGCUUCUCUGAUGUCACAGAUUGGGAAGGCGAUGGCCCAACAGCUAAGAGGGACAUGGGAGACAGGACCACUUGCCCGCUAAGGUCAGAAAGCAACUGCUUUAAAGUUAGGCUAGGAUGUAAUAGCCCCGUCCUGUGCCUGUUUGCUUGGCAAUAAGUCGCACAGAAUUCAGAGGUAUUUACUCCUAAGUACCUGCGCAAAAUGGGACGCGGGUGGCGCUGUGGGUUAAACCACAGAGCCUAGGACUUGCCGAUCAGAAGAUUGGCGGUUCCAAUCCCUGCCACAGGGUGAGCUUCCGUUGCUCGGUCCCUGCUCCUGCCAACCUAGCAGUUCAAAAGCACGUCAAAGUGCAAGUAGAUAAAUAGGUACCGCUCCGGUGGGAAGGUAAACGGCAUUUCUGUGCGCUGCUCUGGUUUACCAGAAGCGGCUUAGUCAUGCUGGCCACAUGACCCUGAAGCUGUACGCUAGCUCCCUCAGCCAAUAAAGCGAGAUGAGCGCCGCAACCCCAGAGUCGGUCAUGACUGGACCUAAUGGUCAGGGGUCCCUUUACCUUACCUGCACAAAGGGUCACAGAUUUCAUAUUGUUCCAGGGCUUCUGAAAUGCCACUUAGCAGGGUUGCAGAUCAGCUCUGGGGUUUGAGAGCCUCAAGUUCAAAUGUCCUUGGCCACGGACAGGCUGGUGACCCCUGCUCCUUUACGGCCUGUGAAUUUGCAAGUAGAAAGCUCAUGCGCUCUGGGUGACUUGACUACUGUUUCUCCUGCCCCACACUUUCAGAUCAAGACGGCGCAGAGCCCUGCCCCAACUCUAUUGCUGUUACUAACCUUCUGCGGGCAGCCAGCUACACCGGCCACAAGGAAUGGGUGAAGAAAGCGGGGCAGAUCCUGGCUGCCUUCUCGGAGAGGCUGCUGAAAAUCCCUGUGGUCCUCCCGGAGAUGGCCCGAUCCGCUGCAGCCUUCCACCAGACCCUGAAGCAGGUAACUUUUUGGGCUCCUCCUUAAUGUUAAGGGGUGGGGGGAUCCUCUGGCACUCCCCAGCCUCUACUCCACAGGAAGAUAGCCAGAGGAGAUUGCCAGCAUCCUUGCUCCCCCUUCCAAAGUGGCUAAAGUCAGGGUGGAAAGGGGAGACCAUUCUCCCUACCCCCCCCCCCCGGUUCCCACCAUUUAACACCCCCCGCCAUUUCUCCCUCCUUUGGCAUAAGCCAGCAGGGAUGUUCUCAUAUUUUUUUAGUUCAUAGGAUCAAGAGAGUUGGACCCAACUAGUCCAGCCCCCUGCAAUGCAGGAAUAUGCAGCUAUUCAUACAGAGAUUGAACCUGCAACCUUAGCAUUAUCAGCACCACGCCGUAACCAACUGAGCUAUCCAGUCUUUUGCCCUUCAGGAGAAGAACUUCAAUACAGUCAUACCUCAUGUUACGUCUGCUUCAUGUUACGUUCUUUCAGGUUACGUCCCGCGGCGACCCGGAAGUACCAGAAAAGGUUACUUCUGUGUUUCGCCACUCGCGCAUGUGCACAAAAAUGACAUCACGCACAUGCGCAGAAGCGGCGAAUCGCAACCCGCGUGUGCGCACAUUCACCGCUGUGGGUUGCACUCUUUUCAUGUUGCAAAAGGGCCUCUGGAACGGAUCCCAUUUGCAACCAGAGGUACCACUGUAUAUAUAUUCUGGGCUGGAUUCAGCCAGCACAGUUUGUAUACCGUCUUUCUAUAUCACUGCACACAAGGCAGUUUACAAGCUGAAGAAACUACCAAAUGUACAACAAAGAUCACGUGCCUUAGAACAAUCUGAUCCAAUAAUAUAAACGUAACCUUAAAAUAAAGCGUGUACGGGGGGAAGGGUGGAGCGGGAGGGUCCCUCGGCCUUUGUUUUGGCUUUUCUCCUACUGGGAGUUGGUUGGAUCCCUCCUGAGUCUUAUCGGUUGAAAGGUUCGAGGCAUUCAGCCCAGAAAUAGAACAGGCCCCUUGCGCAUGCACACUGAGAAAGUCACCUGUGAUGGGCCCUGGGAGACCCAUGGCAACAUGUUUCACCACUGCUUGUGAGCAGAGUAUAGUUCAUCGUUUUCUGCAGAGGUGUUUUCCCACCUGUUUUGUGUUCUUUGCUCUUUAAAGAAGUAUUUGGAGCACAUCCUUAAUUCUGCUUUAUUCUCUGGGCAGGUUGUUAUCUGUGGUGACCCAGCAGGAGAAGACACCAGAGAGCUGCUGCACUGCUAUUAUUCCACGUACACUCCAAACAGGGUAAGACCCACCAGCGGACAGCUGGCUCCUCCCUCUUUUGUGCUUCUUCUGGGUCUUCUGGCCCAGGUGUUUUCACUUUCAGGAUGUCGGUGACCGGGAUGAAAGUGACCUUCACAAAGUCAAGGCCAGUUAAGGGGAGGUCCCAGAAGGAGCAGGUCCUUAGAGCAACAAAGAGCCACAAGAUUCUUCACUAGGUCAGGUCUAAUGGGCAAACUGAUGGAUGGUUAGAGAGAGGCAAAGCAGGGUCAGCAGCCGUACAUAUGUUGCUGGACCGCAGCCUCAAUCAACCCCAGCAAGCAUGACCAAUGGCCAGGGAUUAUGGGAGUUGUUGUUAUGGAGGGCCUGAGGUUUCCUGCACCUGAAGUUGAAUAAAUAUAUUGGAAGAUGGGUAGGCAAACUAAGGCCCGGGGGCCGGAUCUGGCCCAAUCACCUUCUAAAUCCGGCCCAUGGACGGUCCGGGAAUCAGCGUGUUUUUACAUGAGUGAAAUGUGCACUUUUAUUUAAAAUGCAUCUCUGGGUUAUUUGCGGGGCAUAGGAAUUCAUUCCCCCCCCCCAAAAUAGUUGGGCCCCCCACAAGGUCUGAGGGACAGUGGACCAGCCCCCUGCUGAAAAAAAUUGCUGACCCCUGUAUUAGAAGAUUCGGGAUUUGGGGGGGGGGGCAGAAUAACACUAUGGUGCAGAGAACUCAUCCACUUAUUGCCACUCGUGGAAAUUUUACAUCAUUGGAGGGGCACCGAGAAAAGUACAGUAUGUAGGUGGCAUGAUAGGGUCUCGUACUUAGCCUUGGUGGAAGUCACACGAGACACGUUUGAUGUAGACCUUUUAUUUCAUACAUCAGUUCAAACCCAGAGGGGCCCAGGCUUUCUGGUUUUCAAAUGUCUUUUUGGAGAGGUUAUUUGUUCAAGGUGAACAGUAUGUUGAGGGGUGAUAUUUGAAAUCCGUACAGCGAUGUCCAUUUCUUUGUACAAGAUCAGUCAGUACCCUAGUAUUAUCUCUUCAGAUGUGUGGCAAACGUAGCUAUUAUGGCUGUCUAGCCUACAACCUGUGUUUGUAUGUCUGUGUUGGAUUCUUUUGUUACCAGUAAAAAAUUAAUGUUUGUAAAAAGGGGGGGGGAAUCGGGGGAGGGGGCAGGCUGGAUACAGGCUGGCUGACCAUAGGGAUCAAGAUGGCAGGGAGUAUGACUGAUGCCAGCAACCCAAGGAAGUGCUGUGUUUGGUUGACAGAAAUGGCAGGGGAUGUUGUCGCUGGCUUGCCCACAAGAGCUCCAGUCCCCUAGUUUGAAGACCAUAAGAAGAAUGAGCACUCAAGACAAUGUGAUUUAUUUCUUAGCCAACGUGCUAGCCUGCAGACCCAUGUAUGAGAUGUAAAGCCCCACCCCAGAGUGGCUCUCUUCAGAGCUAUCAACCAGGCACCUAUUUGGUCUGCUUACCCAAGCAGCCUGCUUAGAGUAACUGCCUUUAAUUCCUUGCACCCCCAGACAACCCUUGUGAAACUGCCCAGUGUUAGAAACUGAGAAAUGAAAGCUCGGAGCUCAAUGGCACCUUAAACCUAGCUUAUGGGCACAGCAACGGAAUGUCUAGGCAUGCUUUAUAAUAACAAGAAUACAAAGCUGAAAAUGAAUGAACUGCAGCUAAAAUAUUACGUUCGUUUUUCACAUGGUCUGCUCCUUCCCCUGCCCACCCCACUAAUAUUCUUAAGAGGGUCUCUUCUCUAGUCUUCAGAGAGUAGCUGGAAGUGGGGAGGCAGGAAAAGGUCCUCCUUUCCUUCUACUCUGCAGUUUUAAUUUGAUAUCUUAGAUGCAGUACUGUACCCAGAGCUCAGAAACUGCUCGCGCUAACGAAAUUCCCUGUCGCAAAAUGCUCCUAGAACAAUGGGAGUUUCGAACAUUGAAGCUGCCAUCAACUUAAUAAGGAGGGCCAGAUUCUGUGGCCAGUAGAUGUUGCAGAAAUGAAGGCAAAGGGUUGCACUGUUAGUUACGGAUUUUAGAUGUUUCUCCCUCCGGGACUAGGUUUCUGGAGGUCACUGAAAAACACAGAGACUCCUGGAAGUGGGGACUGCAGAAGGUCUGUCUCCACCACAUAGCUGUUUUGCCACGUCCUGUUGUGCUCUACAAGCUGUGCCUCUUGGCAGAAUCCUUUAAGGACUGUGUGAAAACUGGCAAACGCUGAAACGUCUGCAAAGGCAGCGAACAUUUCUGAAGCUGAAUUUGUGCACUCCAUGAAGCUAUUUGCUAGACAAUCAAGGGAGAGACACACACAAGUCAAAAUUUGCCUGCCUUCGGAUUGGGGUGUAGCACUCUGCUUGAUCUGUAGGCUCCAAGCAAAGCUGCUUGCCUUGACUACCGUGGGAUGAAAUCCUUGCAGUAUGAAGAAGGCCUUGGGUUGUUUAUGUCUCUUUGCUUCUCUCUGUUCUUCUUCUCCUUGAUCUCCUUGCCCUCUUGCCUUUGUUGGAUAAAUUCUACCUCCCAGACACUCCCUUCCAGCUCGCUUCCCCUUCUUUCUCCAAGGUAAAGGCUGCGGUGUCUCAUACUGCAGGGGCUGCUUUCAUCUAACAGUGGCAACAUCAGCAGCUUUGUCUUUUGGCCCCUGCCUGGGAAGCAGGUUGUUCCGACGGCUGCCACAUAUGCUUUAGCAUGGGGUUCUCAGCACUUCCUCUCUGGGGGGCUAAACACACAUUGCUGUGGCCUGCGUCUCGCCCAGCUGUCAUCCUUGGAUUGCCCACGCAUCUGGAGUCAUAAAGCUGAUGCAGAUUCCAUGCAGAAAAAUGUCCUCUUUUCCUUAGCAAAAUGGACGGUUUGGAUGACAACAGGCAGACUGUUGACUGCAGAGUUUAUUUCCCUCCUGUGGAAAGAGGAUACACGAGAGCGGUGGUUAAAUGCAUUAGGCUUGGGCUUUUGAUUGCAGAGGCUUUUUUAUUUAAUACCAGUUAGGGUGUCCCAGGAUAUGUCAGUCUGUUUCUUUGUGCUUCAAGUUUGCCAGUGUCUUGGUUUCUUCUGUGGGCCAGAUUCUGCUUGAAGAAAGCUCUGCUCCAGCAGCUUGGGAUAAAUCCUGCAUGUUGCUGUCAGUUGCUUUGGCUGCAUUAUUUGGAGCAUCUCGCCAUUCCAUUUUAUUUUGCCUGCCGGUGAUGUGCAGCAGGGGGAGGAAAAGAGGUGGUAAAGGUGUCAGCUGUUUGGGGUAGUGGAAUUGCUGGGGACAGAUGGAGGGCAGGGGAGAUACUGGGAUCCCUGAAAAGAGACAAGCAGACUGAGCAGCCGGACAUCUCAGAAAACCAUGCUUUGCGCCAGAUUCGUAGACACAACCCAGCUCUCCCCUUUUGCCAAAUGCUUUACUCUGCACCCAAAAAAAGAAAGUCAAUUUUUUUGCCUCUUUCGGGGUUGCAGAGAGGAACUUCAGUGAAGCUUUCACGCAGCAGAGGCUUGUCACUUAUUUAAGUCUACAGUUGGGAACUGGAUCCGACCAAUGGGAUAGAUCCUUAUCUCCACCACUUCCUGCAGGCCAUGUUUGACAGGAAGGGGAGGCAAUGAAAGCCCAGCUGAUAGUUGGCACAGGCCAAAUGGCCAGGCCUGGUGGACUACAUUAGGCCCGUGGGCCAGGAGUUUCCCACCUGUGCCUUAAGGCUUCAUGACGCGAUGGGGUGCCGAGGUGUUUGUGUGUUUUGCUAAAAACAACCCUUGUGCUGAUUCCAUCCCAUAGCCUCCUGGGCUGCCCACACUUCCCAGAAGCCCUUGGGAGGACCUCAAAGCGUGGGAGCGCCUGAGACGGGGCUUCCUGUAUCUAUAAUGUGGCUCUGAGGAUCUCCACAGGCAGCCUCCAGCGCUGCUUACUUUGAGGUCCUCCCCAGAUCUUUUAGGAAUGCAGCCCAAGGAUUAUUUUCAUGUGAACACAUAGGCACACUCCUUGGCCAGCUUUUAACACUAGGAAGCCUUAACAUGAGUGACAAACCCCCAGAAGUCCCCUCAACUUCCUGUAUUUUCAAGGCUGAUUUAUUUUUGCCUGAGUAAACCAUGAGGGUGGCGGUGGGGAGAUGUAUCAGCAGAGCUUUAGUAUCUCGAUUCCUCCUAUAUUUUAGUGUGUGGCCUAUAAGGUGGCAUCUCAGGUCCCUGCUUAUGGGCUUCCCAGGAUGCUGUUGUGCUCAGGUACUGCCUUUGGUCUUGCCUUAGGCAUCAGGUUGACGACCGUGAGAACAGGAUAUCACAUUAGAUGGACCUUUGGACUGAUCCAGCGGGACUCUUACGUUUUGAUGGCAGCUGGCUCUUCCAGCAGCUGUCACGUUUGCUAGGCUGCAUCCCGCCUCCUUAUGACUGAUACCUUCCUUACUGAAGAACAUGCCACGUUGAAUGAAACUGGGAUGGAGAAAGAUUGGGGAAGCUGGUGGUUGUGUGAGUUUGCCUGAUGUUGGGUCUCCUCCGCAAGUGGCAAUAAGCAGUCAAAGGGCCAGAAAUUCAUAAGCAAGCCAUAGAAACCCGUGACCCUGCCUGCUUGAGACCUGUUUACUUCUAUUGAGUUAUAUGUUCACGGGCAUUUGGCUUAUUGUACUAGGGAGCUAUAUACCAAGGUGUUGGUGUCAGGAACUUUCGUCCCCAGUCUCUACAUGGAGCAGUACAUAUAGAAUUUUGAAAACCUUACAGACACCUGAGACCUUUUGGCUCUUUUCUGUGUGCUUCCUUAUACGGGUGUUCAAAGUGUGAGAAGAACAAAACAUUUGAAAUUGCCUUAAGGCCCACAGAUCUGGAGAUGUGUCUGCAGUUGCGUUACAAUCUGCCUUCACAGUUGCUCUCCCUUUGCCACUCAAGCCUCAGAACCAAUCAUAACAAUACAAUUCCCACAAAAUCGGGAGUUAACGCCACAGCUUCACCCGCUGCCACAAUACCAAUCCUUUCCAAAACAGACAGACCAAAUCAAUCCCUGCUGAUGGACUUGAACCAAUCAUGGCUUCUUGAGCCAAUUGCAUCCUUCCUUAGCCUAAUUUGCCUCACGAAGCUGGUGUGAGGAUAAAAAUGGUACAAGCCAUGCGUAAGCUAAGCUGUUCUGAGUACAGUGGACGCUUGGGUUGCGAACGUGAUCUGUGCGGGAUGCACGUUUGCAACCCACAGCGUUCUCAACCCGCGUCUGCGCACGCGCGGGUUGCGAUUUAGCACUUCUGCGCAUGCGCGACCGCCAAAACCCGGGAGUAACCCGUUCCGGUACUUCCGGGUUUCGGUGGUCCGCAACCCGAAAAACGCAACCUGAAGUGGCUGUAAUCCGAGGUAUGACUGUACUGUGGUACCUUGGUUCUCAACCUUAAUCUGUUCCGGAAGUCCAUUCCAAAACCAAAGCGUUCCAAAAUCAAGGCGCACUUUCCCAUAGAAAGUAAUGCAAACUGAAUUAAUCUGUUCCAGACUUUUAAAAACAACUCCUAAAAUAGCAGUUUAACAUGAAUUUUACUAUCUAGCGAUACCAUAAAAGAAAGCAAUAAACAAUGUUCUGCAGUCACACAAUCAAUCAGUAGCUGAACUGGGUUCCAAAAACAACAAAAAAAGAGCCGCAAAAACAAAAACGCAAAAUAAAUAGCAAAAACAGACAGACCUCAGUGUAACACUCAAAAUGGAAGUGUGGCCCUCAAAUUGGAAGCGUAGCACUCAAAAUCGAGCAUGUUUGGCUUCCAAAAACAGUUCACAAACUGGAACACUUACUUCCUGGUUUGCAGUGUUUGGGUUCCAAGUUGUUUGAGUACCAAGGCGUUUGAGAACCAAAGUACCACUGUACUAAUACAAUACAAAUGUGUGUGAGGGCGUAAGAAGAGGCCUGCUGAGUCAGGCCCAAGGCCCACCUCGUCUGGCAUCCUGUUCUCACAGUGGCCAAGCCGAUGCCCAUAGGAGGCCCGAGAGAGCGGGAUUCGAACACAAGAGCGUUCUCCCCGCUCGUGAUUCCCUGCAACUGGCGCCCAGAAGCAUACUGUCUUCAGCACUGGAGGGAGAACGUAGCCAUUGUGACUAGUAGCCAUCAAAAUACCUUAUCCUCCGCAAGGGAGAUAAAGAGAAAGAACAGUGCUAUUCUAAGAUAGGCUUCCAGGAGCUGUCCAGCACAAGUGACUGGGAAAUGUGGUCUGAAGUAGCUGCUCUUGCGCUGAAUGCUGGGCUCUCUCAGGCAUCGCUGGGACUGAGGAGCAAAUCCUGUCAUGCCCUGUACCUGGAGCUGUUUGCUGCUGCCCUGUCCCCGCCUCUGCUGCUGCUGCUCCACCUCUCCCUUUGCCUUGGCGGAGAAGGAUUAAAAGCACUGACCCACUUUGGAGCUUUGAAAGCGCCGUGUCGGCAGCGGGGAGCCGAGCCCGCCGUUGCCAGUGCUAAUAAAUUACUCCCUUUCCCAACAGCUGUAUCAGCUUUUUGUUCCCUGCAACCUGUACGUGUUCUGGGAGGGGCCCCAAGAUAGAUGAUGAACCAGCGGAGGAGGCCUCUCGGAAGGGGAGCAUGAUCAAAUCAAACAGCAUGGAAAUUAAAUUCCAUUCUCACCGUUUAAUUCAAUUUACUCUUAACUGCAGCAAAGAGCUUUGGAAGGGAAAGCUGUGAUUGUCAGCAGCUCUUUCUCUAUUUGUCUUCCAUAUAACAAAUAGGGUGAGGGAAGGGGAUGUUGCCCUCCCCUCCCUUGAGUAUUUUCCCUGGAUGGUUGGACCUUUGGGGGGACGAACCCCCACUUUACUCUGUGGUCAUUGACUCUCAUUUCCUCCCCUGCUUCAGUGACAUGCUGCCACCACCUGCUGGCUGUCCAGAGGAGCAGCAGUGACUUUGUUGUGAAAGAAAGAUCAGCCCAAAUUGCUUACUCAAAAGUCAUAAACAAGGUGCAGUCACCCUGCCCACCCACCCACGAAACAUAACAUGGAAGCUUCAGAUGGUGGGUUGCACUGGCAGCGGACUCCACAACGUGCGGCUGAAUCGCGUGCAGGAUUGAAACAUGCCUGCAAUGAAUCAGAAGAUUAAGCAAGGGGUGUGAUCACAGUGAGACUUGGGCCAAGGCACGUCACUCUAAACAACUGCAUGUGCAGAGAUGAAGCGCUUCCUAGGUUUUUGUGCUACUAAAUGGACAACUUGGGAUCUCCAGUGGUGCUACAUGCGAUCACCACCUGGCUUACCUUUGUCAUGCAAGUCUGACCUUGGAAUCAGCCAGUGGCUCACUCAGUGUAGUGUAGUGGUUAAGAGCGGUAGUCUCGUAAUCUGGUGAACUGGGUUCACGUCUCCACUCCUCCACAUGCAGCUGCUGGGUGACCUUGGGCUAGUCAUACUUCUCUGAAGUCUCUCAGCCCCACACACCUCACAGAGUGUUUGUUGUGGGGGAGGAAGGGAAAGGAGAAUGUUAGCCGCUUUGAGACUCCUUCGGGUAGUGAUAAAGCGGGAUAUCCAAUCCAAACUCUUCUUCUUCUUCUUCUCUGCAGGUUACCCCUCUUUCUUCCACCACUGUCUGGUUUAAAUAAGACCCUCUCUCCAACAGCUUCUCUUGGCAUAUCUGCCUCCUCUGUGGGGUUUCUGAGAUUCCCUCUGGUAUAGUCCUACUUUUGGGGGAGACUAUGGGUGGAAGGAUCUUGUCUGUGACGAUCCCUGGCUUUUUUCUUGAUAACGUGUUCUCCAUCCUUUUGAGUACCUCCACAUUAUAGGCUCCCACCCACCCCCGCUACUGAAUUUGAGUUCAGACCUGGGAACUUCUCAGAGGGCAUCAUCUAGCUCUCCAUUUGCAUGGUCAACGUUUUCACCAUAUUGUCCAAUCAACAUAGCAUAAAGGAAUCAUCAUAAGAAUACAAUUGGAUCAGACCAAUGGUCCCUCUAAUCCAGUAUGCUGUCUCCUGAUGUGGCCAACCAGAUGAGCCCAAGAAGCCUGCAAGCAGAGCAAAAUGUAGACAAGUCAUCUCCACCUUCUUCUCUCCCCUCCCACAACCCCCUCAACAUUCCUCAGAAGUGCAUAGUUCAAUCAUUGCCAACAGAGGGAAAAAUACAGAUGCCACGAACUCUUCGUUUCCCAGUUUUUGUAGUAAUUUGGUGUAGCGGCCAAGAAUACCAGCAUUGGGACCAUCCUCAGUAAUAGCACAAGAAAAGAUAGAACCAGGGCACAGAUUCCUUCAGGCGAAGAGGAAACUAGUUCUAACUGAUCUGGGUAAAGGCUUGGCUCAGAAUGGAAUCCCCCAGGAUUUUCACGCUCAUCACAAACUCAGCCCCGUGUCUGGCCUCUUCACUGCUGAUUUCAUUUUGUGGGAAUUCAGCAGCCUAAAGGACACAACAACAGUUGGGUACCAAGUCACUGUCUAUGUUGCUAACUGCCCACGUGCCACCAGGUAGCCACGUUGGCCUGAAUUUCAAUGUUCAAGUACGAAGAGUGUAAACAAAAAUACUGGGAAUGGGAUGGCAUUCGGGAGUGAUGCUCAGGCUCACGAGCAAUCAAAGUGAGCAACUGGAACUACAGAAUGGGGCAGUUUGAAAGUAUUUGAGGCCUGCUGAGAACUUUGGCCGGCUUAGCAUUACAGAAUAUCACAGGGUGGUGACCCCAAAACAGGUUUUUUCUGCCAUUGCCCCCUGCACUCUGGAAUGCCCUUCCCUCUGUGUCAGGGAACUGCCAUCAGCUGAGAGGCGAGAGGUGGAAGGGCAGUUGUGUUAUAGGGAACCUCCGAAAGUCUUGCGAAGCAGUUCCUCCUCUGGCGAGGAGGAAAGCCCCAUCUCCAGCGGGGAGGAGGUGGUGGGACCAGAGCCUCAACACCGACCCUGAGCAAGUCAGAGAGGAGGGAAGUACCCCUUUGCCAGCACCCACUCUGCGCAGUAGGUUUCAGCGCAGGGAGGGGAGGAGAAGGUUGGGGGUCACACGACUGUUAUGCUGGGGGAGGUACAAGGACCGACCACUCCCACAUUCUGCUAGCGACUGAGCCAGACAUGAACUUGCGGCACUCUUCACUGUAAAUAGUUUGCACUAAUAAUAAAGCCUGGAAAAGACAGGUCGGAGUCUUGCCUGUUUGCUCUCGAGCAAUCACACCACUAUCUGACACUCUGCCUUAUGCGAAACACCCCCCAGAAGUUGCUUCAGCCAUCUUGUAAAGUCUUAUGUUAUUGCCCGGGCUUUCCCUGACCCAUAGAAUUGGAUGCUCUUAUUUCUAGAUCUCUGGUGUUUUUAAAAUCUCUGUUCUUAUAAUACUGUUUUUUUACGACUGCAUUUAUGGUUGCACUAACUUAGAGAUUUUAAAGGUUAAGCGGUUGAGAAAUGCCUUUAAAUAUAUAAAUAAAUGAACUGAGCUGUCCCGCUAUUCCAGUGUCAUUAGGCACUACCCUCUCUGGGAUAGGUGACUGAGCACUUUCUAGCAAAGCCUGUGAACGAAAGUGGGUGAAAGUGUAACCUGAGGCAAGGGAACGGCAUAAAAAGAGAGGUUGCACAGCAACAGCUGUUGUUGCCCAGUCUAGGAAAAACUGAUCCUCCUUUUGUGCACAGGCUGCGGUGCAAAUUUAGGAAGAUGUCUUCAUUUUCUUUUUGCAGCUCCAUUGAUCUUUUUAUUUUCCUUUUCUUGCAUGUGAUGAGGCAGCCCUGACUCACUUCCCCCCGGAGAUGGGCUUGCUUGUGUAGGCAAGUCUAACAGAUAUAUAUCAGCAUGUUACUUGACAUCCUUACUUGCACCGUAGGAGCAAGGUGCUGGUGGCUAAGCCUGCCCGGGUGAAUGUAAUUGAUUUGGUCAUUAUAGUAAUUAAUGCCUCACCAAACAAUGUAGCAGCAUUCUGCUUGGAGUGGAAAGAAAACAGUCAAUUCUAAGGUGGAAAGGAGAAGUCAACUUUGCUUCAGACACCUGUGUUGGAAAGAUGACUGGGCUUUUUUUCCUACGCUGGGACAGCAUGGGAGGUGGAACUGCAUGGCACACCUCAGCCUUGUGUCCUCAAAGCCCAGCUGUUGCAUCUCCUCUGCAGAUUGGGAGCAGGAAGGGAUGACGUCCGCCAGUGAAGUGGCAGGUGCAAAGUGAGCACUGAGCCUUUUUGUCACCUGAGAUGGUGGUUUUCUGCCCCUACCUGCAUACUUCAUUAAAAUUGCACUCAUCGGGCCCCCAGUUGGCAGAUGGGGAGGCAUGCCCAGGCUUUGAAGUGAAAUACAAUUUGUUAUUCCACUCCCUUGGGACUGCCAGAGGUCUUCCUGACCAGGGGUGCAGCUCUCUAUCCUUUUGACGUGCUGGGUGCGGAUGGUCCAAGCCCAGGGUUUCUAGAUGUCAUGCAAAAAAAUAUUUGGGACAGAAAUGUUGGUGUAGGGGACUUCACGACUUCUCCAGCUUGAGAAAAAUACAAAAUCAAUGAAAACAAUUAAAAUGGAGGCUCAAGUGGCCUCAGCAGCAUGAAGUGCCUUCCAUUGGCUUGAGCUGGUGGCCCAGCUAUGCCCCUAUCUGGCCUGAGAUAGCCUAAUUUCUGUUGUCUGUUCCUUGGUAGUCUGUAGGUUGGAUUACUGCAGUACACGGGGCUGAAACCUCAGCUGGUGCAGAACUCAGUAGCCCGGUUGCUGACAAAACAAAAGAAGCCUGACACGUCAAAAGAAACAUGUAUUAUACAUAUAGAAGAGUCAAGCCCCACGCUGUACUAUAUUUUUGCAGUAUGGCUUUUUAAACAUAUUUAAGAUCCACAUAUUUUUACACAGUCAUAUGCACUGUUGUAUGUAUUUGUUUAUGCGGCAGGUUACUUUAGGAAACCUGUAGCGUACAUGUGUAUAUUAUCUGAAUAAUAAAGCCACUUCCGCCUUAAGGAGGAGGUGGGGUUGCGGGCUUCACGGCCCCUCCACAUGCCCAAGGGGUGGGAGGCCAGCCCCUGCAUGAUUGGGGGAUUCCUGGCUGCGUCACCCCCUGGCCAGCCAAUCGGGUUGCUCUGGGGGUGUGGCCUGCCCCUUAAAGGCAGGACGCAGCCGGGGAUCUCCGUCUUUGUCUGCUUCCAGCUGCUCCGGUUUUUCCCACCCUCCCACCCUUCAAGGUUUUCUUUCCUUGACCUUGCUAUGGACCUUGGUUGGUCGCCGUUGAGGGGCCUGGUAGGAAUUUUUCCACUUGGCAAAUUGGCACCAGCCACUUGGUUUUCGCCUACCUCAUAGCAAAUCGUCACAACUUCCUGGGUAUUGGCAGUUAGGCAUUGGUAUUGUUCUGUAGAUGGAAGAGGGGAGGUAGCGCCAUCACCUGCCCCACUUAUUGAAGGGUAGUCUGUUAAAGAAUUCUGGGGGGGCGUAGCCCUGUCCGAAGCCUAGGGAGGUUAGGGCCUAAGGCAUGCCCCCUAUCGGUGACCCCAGGGGAGCUCCUGGUUGAUGUUCAUCAGCAGGACUCCCCCUACUGGUGAUUAACCCUUCCCGGACUUCAAUCGGAUGGGCUGGAGUCAGAUAUAGUCAGUUAGGUCCAAUGUCUAAACCAAUACUGCUCAUCACCUGUAACUGAUAAAGGUGUGGCCUUUUUUAGCCCAUUAACCUUAAUAAUUGUGUCAUGUGUCAUUAUUCUACCAGGGGCGGACAGGAACUCGCCACACAAUGCAUAUUGCAUGUGAGAAUGGUUUGUAUUUUUAGUGGAACUGGUGGUGGUGUGUGCUUGCUUCCCAUUUAGAUUCAGGAGUUAGAUGGGAAUUAGGAAAAAAAAAUCCAUGCAGAUAAGCUUAACCGAGAUUUUUAGGCAGUUCCAUUCCUAUCUCUUUCUCCUAGCUUGGGCCCCUCUGCUCUGAUUUCUGGGCUCAGCCCUUGAUGCCUGGCUCAUCUCCGACAGCUGCCUACUCCUGAGCCUUGGCAGAAAACGGCAUGUUUUGUUUUCCUUGAAAAGUGCCUCAUGUUUGGGGUGAUUUUUGACAUCAUUUGUAAGACAGAUGCGUGUUGCUUGGCUGUGCUGCUCUCCUCGCUGCCAUUCUUCCCUCUCCUUUUCCCUCACAGCCCCAUGACCUCGCUUGCCACCAUCCUAAUGGUCACGGUGACCCAAGCCCAUGAUGAUCUCAUGGACACUGGCGAACAAAACCACUCGGGUCACCCGUCACCACAACCAAUCAGAUUAAAGGUCGGCGUGACAGCAAACGAAGUGAGGUCUGUGAGGGCAAAGAAGAAUGAAAAUGGCGCUGAGGAGAAGCCGCCGCCAAGGGAAUAAAAAAGUGCUGAACAACACUGAAACAACGUGAAUAAUCUGUCAGAGGAUUUCUUUCCCCUCUGCACACAAUAAUUUGCUUUGCUGCGUGGCUUUGCUACUUCAAAAGUGCAUAUUGAAACUAGGGGGAGUUCAGUGCCUCUCUAUUCCAGAUGUGAUGCGUCCUUCUGAAUGACAGGAUUUGAGGGGGUCCCACUGUUGGAAAGGGAAGGCAGUGUCACACCCCAUUCUGACACAAAAAUGAAAACGGCAGGCAGUGGGCAGCUUCAGGCUGGAGUUUGCUUUCUGGUUUAUUAUUCCCUGCCCUGCUAAUGGCCUAUGGGUAAUUAUGAAGGAUUUCAUUAUCUCCUUUGUCCACCAAGUGCUAAUGCUCUGGCUUUCCUUUAUCCUGCCUGAGCAAGAGGACCUCAGGGAGGCUGCAAAAAAAAUGAAUUAAUGAAUUUCUGAUUGGACAUGAAUUGGUAAUUAAUCACCCCUGGAAUUCAAGAUAAAGCCAAUGAGAGAGAGUGACAGUUUAUAAAAAAAAGAAAAGAAAGACAAACAUGGCCAGUUUGUGCAGGGUGGGGAUGUGUGUGUCUGUUAUCACUCUUGAAGAUGCUCUGAAUGUACGAGGGAGGUCAGGUGGGCGAAACAGGUGGAAUCUUUACCAAGGUUCCUCUUCCUGGUUUAGGUGGAUCCAAGUACAAUAAAAUAGAUAGUCUGUGUUGUAAGUAGGAGAAUCCUUUGGGGGAGUGAUGAAGGGGACUCUGCCACUUCCCAAGGAGUAGAUGUAACUGACAGCCAUCAUGAGCCAGGAAUUUGCCAACAUAUGGAGGGGGGAGAUAGUGGGAAAGCAAAGGGUGAGUGGCAGGGGGAGCCACUGAAGGCAUUGGAGCUCAUCUAGGGCAUCUUUGGGAUGCUGGGGAAUGUUUAUUUGUACGAAGUAACAUUUUCUGGCGUGCAGUUGACCAAGCAAUUAUGGUCAGGAAUGCUGCCUUAUUCAGAAGCUGCAUCAGGUUUUAUGCAUGCUAGAUGCUGGCUGAAAUUGAAAGGCAUUUUGACAUAGAUAUAGAUAUGGGUUGAGGCGACAUAUGCAAUUGCCGACUUGGGAAGCGAAGGGUUGCAGUCUUACCUGUAAACAGAUGUUGCACGUUUCAAGGCACUUGCUGCAACCAAGUGGGAAAUGAAUUAGUAUUAAGGGUGCCUUGGCACAUGCAAGCGUGGCCAUGUUUGGACGAGACCUGUUUGGUGGCUUCCCUGAAUGGCUUUCCCAGACAGGGGAAAGUUAACAGCUCCAUGUCAGACACCGGGUGCACUGGAUUGGCCCCUCUGAUGGCAACUGACUUCCCAGGCUAGGAAGAUUAUGGGCUCUGGUGUGGAUGUUCCAGCUGAAACAGUCCAUAAUCACCUCUGACUAGCAUUCCCAGUGGCUCAGGAAGUUGGUGUCUCUUCCAUAAGAUCCCAGUUUGAGCUCAGCAGUGCAUCACAGAUAUGACAUAUUUGCCUUUCCCCCAGGGUGCUGAUGUGGGGAAUACUGUUUAUAGGAGGUUUGGGUACCCUCUGUUUAAUACCUUCCAUGUGUAUGAGAGUGUGUGCACAUGGUCUCGCUUUCACACAGUCCAGAGAAACCUUUUUUCUCUUUCUAUGUGACUGAUAAUGUGAUAAUUUCACCACACUGAUGAUUUCACCCUUUCCUGUUCAUUUCCUUCUUCCCUUAUAAAUCAAUCACUCUGUGUGUGUGUGUGUGUGUGUGUGUGUGUGUGAGAGAGAGAGAGAGAGAGAGAGAGAGAGAGAGAAGGGUCGAUUGUCCUGUAAUGACAGAAGUAUUUAGUGUAUCUUCAACCCUGUUUCAUUACAGCACACCCUGCCCUGUUUUACACCUUGAACAAAGGUAGACGAUCCUUGCUCUUGACAAGCUUCAUCCCCAAUGCACUUUCCAUUAACGCCCAGGACACAAGGGAGCUAAUAAUAAUUUCUGUAUUGUAAAAAUUAAUUAGUGCUGCAGCCAUUCAUUUCUCAGGCAUGAUUAGAGCGUUCCUAACAGGGGUGACCCAAUGCGACAGGAGCUGCUGCAGCUUUGAUCUGGCCUAGAAAACACCCCAAGAGCCCACUUUGAAAUGUUUGUGGAGAGAAAAAUCAGAACAGGGAGAAGGACGCUGGGGCAUUUUCCAGGAGCGAAACGAAUAUAAUGCAAAGGAGGCCCUAAACAGAAUGAGGACUGGCAAGCAGAGGAGAGCCUUGCGCUAAGGAAAGGGCGUUUAGAUAGGCAGUCAGGUGUAGCCAAGUUACAGUGCACAUAUAAUGACAAGGGAAAAGAUGGGGGAGGAAAACAACUAGGCAUUUAAAAGGUAAGGGAGAAAAAUGCAAGAGGUGAACAGGCUAGCAAUUGUUAGUUUCUGUUUGCCACUGAGCAGUGCUUUGGAGUCACAAGGCUCUGUUUACAUUCCAGAGACAUUCCAGGCUGUUGGAAGUCUCACGGAAGACGGGAGACGGAUGUGACAUUACUGGUUAAUGUUCUUUUGUUUGUUUCAGUUGCUCUCUGCUUUCAUAGAGAAAGGAUGUUUCUUUUCUGUCUGCGUAGUGAGAAAUAAAACUCUUUAGCCAUGUAGCCAUAAAUCUCAUCACUUCCCUGUGCUGGAAACUCUGCUGAACGGGAAUGUGCCUGAGGCUUCAUCAAAUUAUCGUCGGAGGCGAUUCCGAAGGACUCGACCAGAGGAAGAUGAGCUUUAUCAGCUCGACGGAACGCAGAUUCCGACAGGAAUGUGCAUAGGGAUUGGAUGCUUAAGAAAGGGCCUCAAGAGACACACACACGGAUAGUAAAGGGGUGGAGUCCAACCUUAGCAAAGAAGGUGACAAUAUCAGUUCUAAAGGCAAGGCUGAGAAUGGACACUGAGGCCACAACCCUGGCUGCUGUCACAGACAGAGCAGUACAGUGGCAUAAUAUCACAAUAAUGCCAGUCCUUCCAUGCUACCAUGCAUGUCUCAAAGGCUAGUAGUGGGGAGGAUGUGGUUUGGGUGAAUGACACAGUGUGGAGCCUCCAGGUUUCAUGCACAUCAAAGCGCUUUAAGUCUUAGCAAUAGCCCAACUAUUUCUUGAAAUGCUGGGAACAGGAGACUGUAGAAGAGAGAAUGAAGAUGUCCGGGUGCCUGUUUCGUGGGGGGGGGGGGACCUCUUUGUGUGGAGAAAAAGAGGGAAGGGGCUACCACACCUGGUGGGGCAGCUUGUCUGCCCACUUCCCACUCUGCACUGGCAUGCUUGACACCCUCUGGUCAAUCAGCUACUGAUGCAGACUGAGAAGGUGCAUCUUCCCUUUGGACCACUAUGGGCUUAUAUUACAACAGGCCCAACUAGGAGGCAACUAGCACUUCUCCUGUCUCCCCACCUGACUAUGGGCAAUAAGGCCCUGGGUAUCAAAAGGAAAGGUUCUGCUCCUGGUCAUCCUGAGCAUCUCUGUACAAUAGAAUACCAAGAGCAAUUUUUAAGAGGUUGGGAGAAGCAAGGCAGUCCAUUUUGAACACAUUCCAAGGAAAACCUAAUCUAUCAGCUAUAAUAGUUUAAUGGAACCUCCAUGUUCAGAGAAAGUUGCCAGGGAUAUACAGAUGGGAAGAGGUGAUUCUUGCUUGUGGGUUUCCUGGAGGCUUCUGGCCGGAUGCACUUGCUGCAUCCUCAGUCUGUUCCAGCAGGGUUCUUCCUAUUCUGGAGCCACCUGUGUGAUGCUCACAAGCACCAAUGGGCCCACUAGUACUUUCUGUGCCACCCAUGAAAGGUCUGCAUAAACACCCCUUGAAAAAAAAUCCUGCAAUCCCCUGUUCACUGUUCCUGCUCAGUUUCUGUUUGGACAGGUUCGGCUUCUCAUGUAUAUAUAUAUAUAUAUAUCUAUAUAUAUAUAUAGAUAUAUAUAGAUAUAUAUAUAUCCAUUUUUUUAUAUUUACAUGCAAGGCAACACCUUAAACAUGCCCACAUUUCAUUGGAUGCCAGGAAUGGGGGACCCGUGCUUCCUUCCAUUCUGAACCUCUAUUCUCUCUGUGAGUGAGCAUGGCAUUGACUGGUGCCUCCCCUCCCACCCCCGGCUGAUGUUGAGGAGGGGAUGCCUGAGCUAUUUUGUGGUCAUUUUGGGGGCUCUUUUUGAUGUGGCAGACGUUGUGUGUUAUGCCAUUCCCCUAUACAGUGGUACCUCGGGUUACAGAUGCAUCAGGUUACAGAUGCUUCAGGUUACAGACUCCACUAACCCAGAAAUAGUACCUCGGGUUAAGAACUUUGCUUCAGGAUGAGAACAGAAAUCGCGCAGCGGCAGCAGGAGGCCCCAUUAGCUAAAGUGGUACCUCAGGUUAAGAACAGUUUCAGGUUAAGAACGGACCUCUGGAACGAAUUAAGUUCUUAACCCGAAGUACCACUGUAACAGUGAUGUCGUGUUAUGCCACACCCCCAUGGCAGACAUUCCUCAAAUUGACAUGUGUGCCCACUGGCCCAAAAGGGUUGAUGUCCCCUCUUCUAAAGUGUCAGCCAUUUCUCCUCAAUCUGUUCUGGGUGCUUUUAAGUGGUGGGGGGUGGGGGGAGGCAGGCCCAGAGUUGCUCAAAAGUCCCUGUCAAUCACUUCCAGUGUUCAACAGUCAUAAUGCCUCAGCGAGAGCUGCUGUGAUGGGCUUCUGUGCUGAAGGCAGCAUGAGAGGUGACACAGGCAUUUUGAGUGAAUGAGAAAAAACCUAGUGAUACAAAGCCGACACAUUCAAGGCAUAGUUACAGGUAGGUAGCCAUGUUGGUCUGCCAUAGUUGGGGGAAAAAAAUCAUUCCAGUAGCACCUUAGAGACCAACUAAGUUUGUUAUUGGUAUGAGCUUCCGUGUGCAUGCACACUUCUUCAGAUACACUGAAACAUUCAAAGCAUGGGUGAGAAAAAGCCGAUUCAAGGCCUCAUCAUCCCCUCCCUGUUCCCCCGGAGGAUGCUUCAGGUGGACCAAGUUCUUAGGAGCUUUUUAUUUCAGUUUGGCUCUCGUGUGGCUGGUGCCAGCCUCCAUUUCAUCGUGGGAUCUCCCUGUUCUCCAUUUAUGUGAUCAGUGAGUUCUGACCCUCUGGGAGCUACACAUUCAGGAUGCGUCAGGAAAGGCCCCCUCCACAUAUGCUCAGCUCCUCUACCCAACUGGGAACCCUACUUGGUGCGCACAGCCCCUUUCACUAAUGCUAAAUGUGCAGCUGUGCGGGGAGCAUGACCCAGGCUUGCACUGGUGUGGGAAGGACCCACCGGCCACACUUGUACCUCGUCACAUGCCAUUGAAUGCACGGCAGGGUUCAUCUGGACAUUUCCCCAUGCAACUAAUUUGUGUCAGACUCAUUCUUUGGGUGGAGAGAGAGAGAGAGAGAGAGAGAGAAGGGCCUGCUAUUUAGCCACUUGUGCCAGCCUGACAUUCAGCUCCUCGCAUGAUCUUGCUGCAAUCCGGCACCAAGGGAGCAGCGCUGGCUAGAAUUUGGGCUAGGCCUGGGCUCAAGCUCCAGAUCCUACGUGCAGGAAGCUGGCAUGCUGUAAAAGUGAUUAAUGCAGUUUGAGUUCAAUUAGAGCGGCGUGUUUGAAGCCUGCUGGGCAAGCGGGGGUGGCAGCAGCAUGAUUCUGUUGAUCACAGCUUAGUUGUGGCACAGAUGGGGCUGAACGGGGAGAGGGUGGCAGGAGGAGGGGAGGGGAAGACACAGGCUCUCUUCCCCGCAAACGGCCUCACAGCGCACUGCACAGCCCCAAGUCCCCAGUGACAAGGAGUUGGACAAGGAGAGACUUGCUUAAAUAAGUCGCACCUGCACAGCUCCUCAUGUCCAGGACACACACGAGCCAGUCGGGAUGCUGUCGGCUUGUUUACGCAGCCAGGCUGCUGGGUUGUUAACGGAAGGUGUCAUUUCUGGUUUGCUAUUCAGGGUAACAGUUUCUCCCCGGGCUUCAUUUCACGAAUCUCGGUUUGUCACCACGGAUCUGGGUGUGACAAACUCAGGGUGGGCUCCUGUCCUCGGUACCUUAGGCAAGAGACAGGUGUAACACACCUUGGAUAGUCUGUAUUACAAAUAGGAUAUUCUGCUCCUCCACAUUUCUUCGCAGCAGGCUUGGUAGAGAGACUGUAGUGUUGCUUACGCUGCGUAUUCCCCUGAGUUGUCAACAGGACAGAGGGAGAAGCUGCUGAUUCUUCCAUGUUUUCUUUUCAUGCAAUGUCAGAAUUUUUCCAGAAUGACUGGAAAGGAUCUAGAAGGAAUCUGAUCAAAACGCCUGCACAGAGAGGCAGGACCCACCACCCCAAAUACACUGGUACCUUGGGUUACAUACGCUUCAGGUUGUAUACGCUUCAGGUUACAGACCCCGCUAACCCAGAAAUAGUAUCUCGGGUUAAGAACUUUGCUUCAGGAUGAGAACAGAAAUCGUGCUCCGGCGGCGCAGUGGCAGCAGGAGGCCCCAUUAGCUAAAGUGGUGCUUCAGGUUAAGAACAGUUUCAGGUUAAGAACAGACCUCCGGAACGAAUUAAGUACUUAACCCGAGGUACCACUGUAUUCUUACCGGAGUUGCUUACACACAAGCUGUUCAGUCUGGAGUUACCAUCCUUGGUUCACUUAGAUUUUAUGCAGAAUCCAUAUGCAUUCCAGUGUUUUCUGUGUUCCUGCUCUCUGCAUAUAUGAUUUUAGGCUACUGUUUUCACUUGCAGCACCAGCCUGUUGGGUGUGUGCAGCCAAAUCACAACUGAGACCUUUUAGGGCUGCUCAGUAUUUAAGUAGAAGUUUCCUCCUAGUGGCUUCUGCCUCCAAUUGCUUUCUGUUCAGCACAUCCUUCGCCCCAUAAUUACUUCUUGUUCCCUUGGUGGGGGGUGGGGGGAAGCAGGCUUUAAUUACUGGCUUUUAUUUUUCCGGUCACUUUUUUAACUGUAAAAGGGCGUAAUUUUGCAAUUCAGAAAAAGAAAGGAAAAUAAUGAAAGGAAACCAGUCAUUUAAGUCCCCGUCCCCCCAAAAAUAGACUGACCAAGUGGCAGUUAAUCAGUGAUGUUGCAAGCAGGGAGCUUGGAAUUAAAGUUGAAGGGGACAUUUGCUGAAUGGGGACAACUUCUGAGUAAACAUUAUAGACAGAGCUUAGCAAUGGAGAUGGGCAUUUUGGAUAAUAUAGCACUACAUGGUCUUGUGGAAUGGCCACCUUAAUUGUGCUUCCAGCUGAUUUUGAGCCCUAGUUUGCCAGCAACCCAGACAAGUCCAUAUAAUCAAGAUUAUAAUGUGUCACAAGCAGGAGAGGCCAAGGUGUGCCAUUCCAGAGACACCGAUGGAGCAAAGAAAAAACGCCCCGGAGAGUUAAUUUCUAAACAUAUAUUUUAAAAAUAUCUAUAUGGUGCUUUUCUUGGCAAAGCCCAAGCAAAGCAACUUACAAGCAAUAAAAACUACAAGUAUGAAAAAACCCCCAAUAUUGCUAAAACUUAGAAUAAAACAAAUUUGCGAAGUCGAAAACAAACCCAGACAUCCAGUAAUAUUUAACUUAGUUGACCCAGAUGGCUCCCAGAAGCCACAUGUGCUGCACAUGUCAGAAAACUGCAGGUGGGGCAGGGGGAAUGGGAGGACCGAUGGAAUGAGCCACCAGUUUAACCCUGGGUCUCUGAAACUUUGCUGGAUAUUUGAGCAAGGCCCUGGUGCCUGGGAAAGGGAGCAGGUUGUAUCGUCUUUAACACUCACUUUAGCCUGUGUGUCUUCCUCGUUGUCUCUCCCAUUUCAGGUGCUGAUUCUUGCUGAUGGGGACACCAAGGGGUUCCUGUACAGUCACCUUGGCUUCCUCUCCUCUCUGGAGAAGAAAGAUGGAAAAGCCACAGCUUACCUUUGCGAGAACUUUGCCUGCUCCUUGCCCGUCACCUCCAGCCAGGAGCUACGCCGCCUGCUGCUGCCCUGAGCUGCUUCUCCUGGUGGCCCUUGCGCUUCAAUGGACAUGAGAAGAAAGAGCCCCCUUGGACCUCGCAAUAAAGUCUCCUUUGAAUAAAGCCAGGUUGAAUAAAGGCAGGUUGGGCCCACUUCAACCCGCCUGUUUCCAUUUGAAUAGCAGCUUCCUCCCAUGUUCAGUAGUGGUCAAGUUUGUUUGCCAUUAGGGGCAACCAGUUCGCAGAGCUGGGGACCCUUGUGGGUCGCCCAGCGGUUGUUGGAUUCCAACUCCCAUCAGCCCCAGCCAGUGGGUCAGGGAUGAUGGGAGCUGGAUCCAGCAGCAUCUAGUGGUCCACAGCCUCUCCUCACCUGCAGGGUUUACUUUUAGACUUGCAGAGGAAGCUCAGCAAGGCCCGAACUUUCCUCACAGCUCAGGUUAUGAUGGGCAAAGGGCCGUCUUGCCAGUGAGACUGUUUUAGGCACUGUUGUGGAACAACACUCACUGUAUAUUUUGUUAAGCUACUUUGAAGAUGGAGGCCUGACCUUGCACAUGCUAGUGUGGAUGGGUGAAGUAAAGCACAUGGUCCAAGAUUCCAAAUGGUGUACAUGGUACAAUUAGAGGAGACUACAUGGCUGCAUAGGGACGCGGGUGGCACUGUGGGUUAAACCACAGAGCCUAGGACUUGCCAAUCAGAAGGUUGGCGGUUCGAAUCCCCGCGAUGGGGUGAGCUCCCGUUGCUCGGUCCCUGCUCCUGCCAACCUAGCAGUUUGAAAGCACCUCAAACUGCAAGUAGAUAAAUAGGUACCGCUCCGGUGGGAAGGUAAAUGGUGUUUCCAUGCACUGCGCUGGUUCGCCAGAAGCAGCUUAGUCAUGCUGGCCACAUAACCCGGAAGCUGUACGCCGGCUCCCUCGGCCAAUAAAGCGAGAUGAGCGCUGCAACCCCAGAGUCGGCCACGACUGGACCAAUGGUCAGGGGCCCCUUUACCUUUGCCUUUUACAUGGCUGCAUAGCCCCAGGUUUAGUCCCAUAAGGUAGACUCCAGAGCUUGGCCUUCAUUUUUAAUAAAGCAAGUUUCUAGCUCUCAUAUAUUUGAAGGGGAAAACAAGGGCACUGCUUGGGCAACAAGGGCGCUGCUCCCUUCCCCGUGAACUGGCAUGUACGACAUUCCUUUCCCAGCUUGCCAAAACUUACUUCACCAGUGCAGGAGCUGCCAGUAAAUCUCCGAAAUUCAUUGUAAAUACGCUUCACAGCUCUAAUCAGUUGGGAGAAAACACAUGUAUAUUGGUUAGCUUAACUGCCGCUUUUUGCAGAAUUGGGGGCUGUUAAGUUUAUAAACCAUGCCUCUCUCUUCGUUUGCACACUCUGAAAUUAAAGACUUGUGGGUUUGCCUCCCUGUGCUCUGUGGAGUAUAGCAGGAAGAGAACCAUUUCGCUGAGCUGGCGAGCAUUGGCAUCUGUGAUUGGGACAUGCAAGGAAGAGGCUGCCUGCAAAUGGCAUCGCUGACAAGCCUCUCUUUCUUCUGGGAACUUAAACCUUCUGCUUUCUGCACUUCCUUUCCUGUGCUUAAGCUUCUGGUCUCCAGUGGUUCAACAUGGGGUCACGUUAUAUGAUUCCAGAAGGCACCUCUCAACACCAGCGAGUUGUGCUGUCAGGGAAGGUGGGGAGCGCUGCUGAUGGUGUUUUUCAGUGUAACAAGAUAAUUGACUCCUAAUGAAAAGCCGCAUUGCUAUGCCUUUG